AUGGUUGCCCUGGCAAGUACGGUACAUCUUUUAAGAUCUCUUAUGCUUCCCCAGAAUGUUGAGCGGGUGGGGAUUUCUCCAGACUUUGCCCUGAAUCAAGCUAUUUCCCAAAUGUCUCCAAAGCUAGGGUAACAGGGGUGUCCCCCUCCCACUGCAACUCAGAGCUGGGAAGGAGGAUAGAUCACCCCAUUGGUUGUGCUGACCUUGAAGGUUUUCAAGUACUUCCAAAGCCUAGUCCACAUUACAUUAGUCGUGCAUAGGCCACAUUACAUCACCUGCAAACUCCACCAAUCUCUAUAUGCUUCGCCCCUGUAAAUUCAGGUUUACUUGAUCUGGAGAUAAUCCAACAAGUUGGGGAAAGUGGAACUCCAAACCUCUCAACUUGGGGUCAAAGACUAUUUGUUUUGGUGUUUUGGGGUGACUGUAUCAAUUGUCACUUUCUGCUACUCCCUUUUCCGUGCCCAUUACUUCCUUAGUGCUUUCAUUUCAUUUCCAACCAUGCUGUAACUAUUUAACUAUGUACUUCUUCUGAUCCCUCAGAUUUGUCCCCAAACCAGAAAACUGCACAAGCAAACCACACUAAAUAUUUCUGCCACAGAUAUUGUGCAGCAAUCUGAAAAGUGUGUUGAGAAUGCACAACUGCAUUCAUUUCUUUUCCAGCCAACACACUCCUGAACCAGAGAGUGUAGAUUUAUAUGUAUGGGUUUAUAUUAUUUUGAUCCCUCAAAUUUGCACAGAUCCAGAAAACUGCAAAAGUAUGUGCUGAGAAUUUUCAAUUACCUUACUGUGUUCAGUUCAGCACUUCCUGACUGGGCAUUUUUUUGGGUGGGGUAUUGGUGUUGGGGGGGGGAGCAACGUGCAAGCGCAGCUAUCUGUGUGCAUACCCUGUCAGUACUAUCCGUGCAGUGAAAUCAGCAAUUUAGAAAGUGGGGGCUAACACAAAAGGGAAGAAGUACUGGUAUGAAUUUGAAUGGGAAAAGUAGAUUAACAGGUAAAUACUGUUCAUAUGUGUCUGGUGGUGGUGGUGGGGGGAUGCUUAUGCCCAAAAGAGAAGGAAAUACAUUUUAAAAACAGAAUGCACACAACUUCCCCCAAAAUGUGUGAAACCUUUUUCUCAGAGUUAGGUUAUCUCCACUUUUCACAAGGUGCCGUAUUUGGAAUGUAAAUAACCACAGCAUUUACUUUUAAGGAAAUCUGCACUGCAGCAUUGCAGAUAUAUUUGCAGUUUGUCUUUGGCAGGGUGAAGGCAGCAUGUGGUAUUGAAUUUAUUGAUCAGGGCAUUGAUGUUUUACGAAGUGCAUUUUGGCACUUUUCAACAGCAUAUUCAGGGAGAGCUGGAGAUGAUUUACCCUGUAAAACUUUAAGCUAUCCAAAGAAUACACAUAUAAAAAUAUUUGCAAAAAGGCAAGGAAUGGUACUCAAUGAGAGUUAAUUGUAACUGGAGCAAACUCCCUCCUGCAAUAUAGGGAUAAUAACGCUGCCCUACUUUUAGAGAGGGUAAUCACACUGAGAUAAUGUGUGUGGAGCACUUAGAAUGCUUGAAGUGUGGUUUUAAAUGCUAAGUAAACAUCAAGUAGUCUGCACUGGUGCUUAUUGCUUCUGUUCAUUAUAUUAAAGCACAAUGGAAACUCAUUUGAAUAAAUGGUGUUUGAAAUCAUAUUCACAUUGCUCUCCUGAAAAUGGCCAUUCCCCCUUGAUAUAACAGCUUGCCAGGUUGACUGAUCAUGGAACAUCGCCCCAUGCCAUAUCAGGGAAUUUUCCACACAGUUAGAAUCAUACCACACAGGGCACCUUACGUGGCAUGCACAUAUGAAAGUAGCCCAGCAGCCCACUUCCUGUUGCAGAGCACUUAAUGUGAUGGAGUAGUUUUGCAGGAGAGAAGUGUUGGGUGAGGGAGGUUUCUUAGCCCUUUGCAGGCCAGCUGCUUUCCCCUGAACACCCCACCCCCCAAAUACUUGUACCACAGGUUUACUUUGCAGACAUGAAUCUGGAAUCAUGCAGUGGUAAAAGCAAAUUGGGUGGGUGACCAAUAUGGCAAGAGUUAAGUAACCCCCUUUCCCACAGUUCUUUGCUGCAGAGUUGACCUUUUUGGGCUUCUGUUACACAUGACUGUUGCCUGCCUUGCUUGCAAUUUUGCCCUAAGCCUGUUAUGGGUUAUAGGUUUAGGUUUGUUUCAUUUAGCAUUGUGCAGUCAGGGUUUAUGCAGUGUUUGUGGUGUAGUUUAGCUUAAAGGCCUCCUGUAAUGUCAAGUCCCUUCAGAAUGGAUGGGGAAUAUAUACAGGAGGAAUGGACUUACUACAGAGUUGUUGGUGGAUAACAUUCACGCUGCUUUCUUCCAGCUAAAUUUCAGGAGCAAGCGCCUGGAUAAUAUAUGCUCCAAUACACAAGUUAGAGAACACUUAACUUAUCAAGAGCAAGGAACUGAAAUUGAUUAGUUCACGGGCAAAGUGUGCAGAAUCCCUUUGUUGGUUUCACUCCCAAACAAAAGUCUAGCCAGAGUCCCAAGGCAAAUUGCAAAACCUGGGUUCUGGGAUGAAACUGAGUAGUGACUUCUUAAUCCUUUGGUUUUGAAAACAAGUCAGAUUCUCUGUGAAUCUAACUUUUUGAAGACCGAGAACUCGGUUUAGGAUUGAAACAUGGGGCAGGGAUGCCAGACACUUGUUGGGUACCGGGCCACUCCCUCAGCCAUGUACCAUAAGGCAUUUAAAGCACAUGCUUAUUUGCUUAAUAAAAAACUGUAUUUUCUUUAAGUUGGGUAUAGGAGUCCUAACAUAAUCACUGCAUAUGCUGGGUUUAAGGGCAAGAGAGGAAGCAAAUUCAUGACAACAAAUGAAUUGCUUUCUGUAAUGUGAUGCUUGGCUGUUAAGUAAUCUGAACAGUUCCUUGAACUUUGCAAUUUCCACAUGUAUUAUAUAUACAUAUGUACAUACAUAUAAAAGAAAGGUACCCAGUUUCCUAAAGAUCAGAAAUAUGUUUUGUAACUUUCACUGAAAUGGGAGAGUAGACUUCGAUAUACUCAUAUUUUUUCCUUUCCCCUUUUUAAAAUUGGUGCAUGUCACGUGACCCUCAUGUGCUCAAGAGAUUUCACUUCCUUCUCAGAGCAACUCAUCCAGAAAUGUCUGUGGAAAGGAUUUCCUACAAUACUUUAGCUAGUGUUUAAGGCUGCCACAGGAAGCCUCUUGGUGUUUGCAGAUACUGACUUCCAGAAGCAAUACUUUAGGAGCUGGAAAGGGCUCUUGAUUUAAAAGUAAUCACAUCAUUGAAUUCCCUGUCAAACUGAGGAAUGGCUUGGCAGCUUCAAAAGUACUAUUUGUUUCUUCUUAAAUUCAUUAAUUGGAUCAAAUGUUUAUCAACCCAAGGGAGCACUUCCCAGUACCAACAAAGAAGUGUUGAAAUUGCACCCUUUUGAUCCUUUUGGCGUAGGCUAGCUUGUAAGUGGCAUUCUAAAGAGCUGAUAUUUUUACAGUAUUUUCAUUAAGUUCAACAGAUGAGCAUUACCAGGAGAUCCCUUUUUUUAUUUUUCAGGUUCUGUGACCAUUCAGCCUGGGAGGAACAGUGGUGUAUCACCCGUGGAAAACAAAUUAAGGCAACAUGGAUAUCUCGAUUCUACAGUUGUAUUGAACAAGUACAGAAUUUGGUACUAGUUAUCCUAGGAUUUUUAGCUUUUCAUUGGAAACCUAGAAAGGUAAGCUUCUAGUUUUUAAGUCUGUGGCAAAACUGAAAUAAAAAAACAUAAUGUUUGGGCAAGUUCUGGUGGUAUCUCAGAAGGUGUAUGUGUAUUGAGCAGAGAUUUUCAGUCAGUGCGAGACUGCAGGGAAGUUCUGCAAAUGUCUGCAGAGAUGAUGAGUGUGUCUUUCAUCCUACCAUAUCUAGCAGUCACAAAAUAGCUGCAUUUGUUGGAUUCGCAUAAUUUAUAUAGGUUGCACUUUUUAAAGCACAGAAUAUACCCUUUGUUUUAGUAACAGCUAUCAUAAUAGGAUAUUUUAGAGAUUCAAAAACCAUUGAAGAUGCAUUUAAGACAAGCAAUUGUGAUAGAAAAUGAACUGUUUAUAUCCAAAACUAGGUCUGUGGGUUCGAUGUUCCCUAUCACUGUGGUACUGUUGACUAGAGUUCUUGUUUUUUGUUUUAACUGAAUCCUGGGGCACACUGCAAAUACACAUGGUGUGAAAGUUAAUUUGAACAUGACUGGCAAGUAUAUUAUGUGAAGUAAAUGUGCACCCUAGAAAAUGCCCCAGAAUCUUCUGAGACGCUUGGCAUUCCAUGACUGUCAAGCAGGGGUCUGUGUGGAAAAUGUUUUCUAUAAAUGGAAAGUUUGCAAACCAAUUGCUUGCUAUUUUAAAAGACCUGGGCAAUUAAGCUUCCUACAGCUUUCCCUUUCCAUUUUGUUCCUUUUGUGGUUUAAGUUAAGCAGAUGCUAGAAAUGGAUGGUGCUUCGGAACACAAGGAAAUGAAGUCAAAACAAGUCCUCUUGACUAUACAUUGGCCCAGUUCAAAUGAUAAUUCAAGGCUAUGAAGCCUUGAAUGAGUGUUAGGGCCAAGCAUGCCUCAUUUAUCCAGAAUGUAGGACAGGCAGCAAGAUAUUGUAUUCUCUCCCCAGCCCUCAAGAAGUGAAACUGAGGCAUGCUGGAAUUCCUGGGUCAGGCAGGAGAACUGUGAAGACAGCAAGCAUGAGACAGCCCACCAAAUGGUUUCUUGGUGACUGGAAUAAGGAUUUCUGCUUCAGCUAGCAAAGUACCAGGGGAAGUGGGAACUGAAGUAGAGUCUUUAAAAUGACAUUUGAACCGCUGCAACCAGCUGGGACCUCUACUUCAGCAGGAAGGUGUCCAAAGAAAUGGGAACCAGGGGUAUUGAAGGAAAAGCAGGGAAGUCAGACCCCUGGAAUCUGACUGACAGCAUGAGUGAUUCAGCAGAAGUGCCAUAUUUUUCCUUCUAUAAGAUGCCCCCAUGUAUAAGACGCCCCUAUUUUUGGGGACUCAGAUUUAAGAAAAUGGGGGGAGAUGUAUCCGUGUAUAAGACGCCCCCUAAUUCUUGACAUUAUUUUUUAGGGGGGAAAACCUAGUCCUAUACACGAAAAAAUACGGUAAUUUCAGGCAGAGUGGAUCUAUGCAACUGGAACCAUUUUUUUGCUGCAAGCCUAGAGGUUUUUAGACCCUUUUGGACAAAAGCUUCAUAGCAGAUAGCAGAGCUGUCAUUCCUCAUUUCCUGUCCUUGGUAUGAGAACAUUUUGUGUGGUCCACCCUGAUAGGAUUAUUAUUAUUUUUUGCUCCAUAACUCUUCUUCUAGUUUGAUUAGAGCAAGACUUGAAUAGAUUGUAGAAAGCUGUACCCAGUGCAUUUGACUGGCAACAUCAUCUCAGUUGAGAUGACCGACUUCUUUAGCUGCUUUUUCCAUCAGGUCUCAAGCACCCUCCAUGCAAAGUGAACCAAACUGGAGCAAUUUUUAAAAACCAUAUCAAUAGUAUUGGUGUGAAACAUCUCCCAGGUUCAUCACCUACUAGACAGGGUCUAGCCAGCCCUGGUACACAUCCCUAUCUGGAGAAGUCAGAGAUUGAACCUGGGACUGUAUGCAUUGCAUGGUCUAUAGUCAGUUGCUUUAGGCAUUUCCUUUUUGUGGUCCACCUCUCAACUCUAGGAAUCAACUCUUGAUCAUUUUAACCCUUCCUUUUCCCAAUUGCAUUUCCUUUUUAUCCAUCCCCCCACUGCAGCAGGGGAGGGGAAUAUGUAAAUCUUUCCCUUACACCACAAUUCCAACGAAAACCAUCCCUUCUAACGUUGGGAAUGGGGGGAAAAGAGUGACUGCUUGCUUGACUACACAAUGCUGUUUUGAUUCCAGAAGUCUAGAAUCAGAGUCACUAGCUUGCUUGUAGAACAGCAAUGACCAGUUGCAUACUAAAUCAUCCACACCUUGAAGUACCCUUUGACCCAAGUUUCCAGUUCAUUCUCCUUUCUCUGUAACUUGUUUCACUACUGUCACUUCUUUUAUGGAGUAAACCUGGUGACGAGGGAUGGGAUUGCUGAAUGUGCUGUGCAUCUGCACCCCAGUCACUGCUUACCGAAGGCUUUUCUCAGCCUCCUCCACUCCUCUUGUUACCACAGCCUUGUAUCAUGAGUAAACAGGCUUGCUGGUGGGAGAAACUGAGUUAAUAAGAUAAUAAACUGAGAUAAUAAACUGACGUCAGGUGAAUGUAAUAGGUUUGACAAGGAGGGCAGCUAUAAUGUUUAGUGUCACAGAAGGGAGAACAGCUCUUUGUGAGUGUUGUUUGCUUGUUUGAAAGCAGAGGUGUUUAUAGGCUAGUGUGGUGCUGGAUAUGAGAGCAAUCCUUAGCCUCUGAGUCACAGGAAAAAGGGCAUAGUGUGUUCUACUUAGAUCAUGGGAUUUGAAAUCUGAGUAUCUUUUUACUAAGUAAAAACCCUGAAUGUCUAAAAAUAUCAUGAUAGUUUGUUUUAUAAGGCACGGCCAGGAUAACAUGUCCCAAGUCCUAGAAGGAAUAAAGAAGAAAAGCAUAGUCAUGAAAAGUUGGACUGCUGCGGUUUUCUAUAUAUAACUGGAAUGAACUGGGUUUGAGGGGUAGUUUUAUAAAUAUGGAUGCAAAGACGCAUUUUGCUUCUUGGCAGUGUUAACCUCUCAAGUUGAGCAAGAGGCUCUUUAUGCAUGCAUAUAUAUGGCCUUUGUACAGGAGGUUAGCUCCUACACAUACACAUCACUUAGUACCCUCUAUCCAGAGAAGCUGGAGGUGUCUGAGGACACAUUCCAGCCAGGCAAAAACAGGUUGAGAAGCAUAAACAGUGAAGGGUGUGACCUGGGAGAGUUCCAAGGGCCAGGUACAGAGAGGCCUGGGGGCCACAUUUGGUCCCUGGUGCUGAGGUUCCCCAUUCCCAGUCAUGGAUGCCAUGACUUAAACCUUAAUCUGAGCUACAGAAAUGCAACACUUCCUUGAAGAAUGAGACUGGUCUAUUUUAAAAUGACUUGGCUUCCCUUAAGAUUUCUACAAAGUAUUUCUUCAUAGCUGGAUUCUGUGAAUUCCCCUGAAAGUUUGUGGCGGCAGAGGCUGAGUAAAGGUAAAGGUAAGGGGACCCCUGACCAUUAGGUCCAGUCGUGACCGACUUUGGGGUUGCGGCACUCAUCUCGCUUUACUGGCCGAGGGAGCCGGCGUACAGCUUCUGGGUCAUGUGGCCAGCCUGACUAAGCUGCUUCUGGCGAACCAGAGCAGCGCACGGAAACGCUGUUUACCUUCCCGCCGGAGCGGUACCUAUUUAUCUACUUGCACUUUGACGUGCUUUCGAACUGCUAGGUUGGCAGGAGCAGGGACCGAGCAACGGGAGCUCACCCUGUCAUGGGUAUUCGAACCGCCGACCUUCUGAUCAGCAAGUCCUAGGCUCUGUGGUUUAACCCACAGCGCCACAUAACUUUUAAUUCUGGCAGUUAAAAACAAAUGCACGGCUGGAAAGUUGCACAAAAGAAUGAAGCACCUUAAAUGUUCUUUAAUUACCUUGUCUUUGUUCAUGUUUAAAAUAUAUUUCUGUUUUAAAAGCUAGCUAUUUCAAUAGUUUCUUCUUCUUCCUCCUCCUCCUCCUCCUAUUUAUUUAAAAUCUCCAUCCAUCUGGUGAGAAUAACUCAUAUUCUGGAUUUAUGCUGGAGUGAAAGCAUCUCAUUUGCCAAGGAGGCAAUUUGUUAUGAUGGGAAAUCGUUCUGUUGUGAUAGUGGUGUAAGCAAAAUAUUUUAUUCUGGGCAAAUAGUUUAUAAUAGUAUUAAUUAGAACAGAAAUACCCAAACUAUGUGCCAGAGCACAACAGUGUGCCAGGAGGAAACUGCUAUUGUGCAGAAGAGACUAAAAAUCCAUUACUGGAUCCAUUCCCGUCACUUGACACUCACGUGGCCUCUUUGACAUGAAGUGCCUUCCAUCAGCGAGGGAAAUAGUUCAGAAUGGUGGGAACUCAUGGUAUAAUUCAGAAACCUCAUCCUGAAUAUAUGCAAGGGAAUGCUAUAUUUUAUGAACAUUUAUUAUGGUUACUUCUUACACUUUGUGCCUUUAAAAAAACAAAAACAAAAAACAGAAUGGCUCUAAAUUCGUCCUCUUCUAAAUGCAUAUAAUUGAAUCUCUUUGAAAACCCCAAUUUCACACCUGAUGCUAUAACGGCAGUUAAGCUCACAGCGAUAAAGGCAUGUGAUAUGAUUGGAAGACUAAAUAGACAUGUGUAUUUAAAAAUCAAUAUCAAUUUUGAAUGCUCAGACUCAGUAAUUCAUUGUGUGGUUUUUUUCCAGAUGGGACAAUAAAGCUGCUUUAAGAAAUGCAAAAUACCAUGCUCUCACCCAAGAAAACAACAGCCCGCUGUAAGUAAAAAGAUGUUUGGUGCAAAAUGUCACACACAUUAUGAAAAUUUACUACAAUAGGGAGCUUCUUGUAAGCUGAAUCAUAACUCAAGAAUUCAAGUGGGUGAGACCUGGAAUUUUAAUCACAUUUAAAUCUUGUAAAUCUUUGUUGAAAUUGUUUUGUUUUUGUGUGGGGGAAAAAACUUUUUAGAGAUUAUAACUUGCUCAACUUGGUGACCUCCAGAUGGUGUUUUGACUAUAACUUCCAUCAGCUACAGCCAAUAUGACCAACGUCAGAGACGGUGGGAGCUGUGAUCCAAAACUUCUGAGGGACAACAUAUUGGCCAAGGCUGCUCCAGGGUGUGGCUCACCCAACACAAUACUGAUUUCUUCCAUAGGGAUGAUCAAACACAUGAAUGGAUACUGAGACAGAUAUUUAGAUCCGUAGGUCACCAUUGGUCUUGCUUGGAUGUGACACCAUGGUUUAACAUUAACAAAUAUGAGCCUAGGCCUGGCAUGCUCCUACGUCUAUCUCUUCUGGUGCAGCCACAAAGAGGAGUUCGGAAUAUUUUACAUAAGUUUUUGAUUAACCACAGCUUGGCAUAACAUCCAAUCCCAAACAAAUGUGUGGUUAAUCUUUAAAGGUAAAAGUAAAGGGACCCCUGACCAUUAGGUCCAGUCGUGGCCGACUCUGGGGUUGCGGCACUCAUCUCGCUUUAUUGGCCAAGGGAGCCAGCGUACAGUUUCCGGGUCAUGUGGCCAGCAUGACUAAGCCGCUUCUGGCAAACCAGAGCAGCGCACGGAAACGCCGUUGACCUUCCCGCCGGAGCGGUACCUAUUUAUCUACUUGCACUUUGACAUGCUUUCGAAAUGCUAGGUUGGCAGGAGCUGGGACUGAGCAACGGGAACUCACCCCGUCGUGGGGAUUCGAACUUCCAACCUUCUGAUCAGCAAGCCCUAGGCUCAAUGGUUUAACACACAGCGCCAUCCGCGUCCCUAUUGGUUAAUCUUUACUAUUGUUUAAAUAAGCCAGCUUGAAAACAUAGUUUAUACAUUUGGCUCGUUUCAACAAACGCUAAAGAUAAACCACCAUGUAAGGGUUGGACGGUACACUAAACUGUGGUUAAUCUAAAACGGAGGUGGAAGCUUCUGAUCUUCCUAAAGCUGUGGCAGAAGAAUGGAGCAUUUGAGUUUGAGGCUCAUUGUUAGUAUAAAACAUGGUCUGAACAUAGUCAAUGUGUGUGACACCGCCUGCUUGUCUGGAGCAAAACCAUGUAGUACUUUGUGCAAAUUCUUUGACUGCAGCCGAGAAUCAAGACUCUUACUAAGUGGGUGUUUUUCAUUGACAUAGGCAGCUUCAGGUUAUGUAGAUUAGACCAUAGCCCUCUUCUGACAUUUCAGCCUGGACACAUAAGGGGAAAACACCCCUUAUGGAGAGGAUCCUAAGAGGGGAGAAGGUGAGUGGCACCAGACAUGUCUACUUGACCCUCAACCUUCAUGUUUUUAGGGUAAAGGUCUGAAGCAGGCCUGUGUAUUUUUCUGAAUGUGCUUGCAGGCCUCCUCAUAAUUGUGAACCCUGAGAAACUAUUAUCAUUUUGAAAGCAUCUAAAAUAUAUGGUGAGGUCUGCUGAAGCAAAUGGUCUCCUGUUAAAAUGGUAAAUUAAUUCUUCUUUAAUGCUACCAUUAAAAUAAUUUGAGCCUUUGCUGUUAAAAUCAGCAUUUAAACAAACCUAGUUUGGAUCCUAUUUCAGAUUGUGUUUUGUUUUCAUUCUGCCUUAGCCUGCUGUCAUAAGGGCUGCAAGUGAAGACGACACUCUAUUUUGGUCCUUCAUCAAGGCUUUGCUGUGAUCAAACAGUGAAAAGAGGCGUCUUCCCCAUGACAACAUGUCAGCAAAAGAUAUCAGCCCCCGCCAUGGUGCAAAAUCCCGCACUGUGCAGCGGGCCUCAACUAUUGAUGUCACGACUGACAUGUUAGAUUUGUCUUUGGCAGGUUAGUAUCUUUUCUUCCUACCUGUGUCCUCAUGGUUGUAUUGAAUUCUUACUUUGUCUUGCUUUUCUGUUUGAAAUUCUAGUUUUUUAGACAGUCCCCUCCCCCCUGCACCCAGUGCUGGUAAUGAAAAGAUUAAUUUGGGAACACACACACUGUUAGUUAUAUUUGUAUCUUUUCCCCAUGUUAUAAGCAGCGGGCAUGAUACAAGGACAGUGGGGAGGAUACAGUGGUGCCCCGCAAGACGAAUGCCUCGCAAGACGAAAAACUCGCUAGACGAAAGGGUUUUGUGGUUUUUGAGCUGCUUCGCAAGACGAAUUUCCCUAUGGGCUUGCUUUGCAAGACGAAAACGUCUUGCGUUUUUUGCAAGUUUGUUUCCUUUUUCUUAACACCGUUAAUACAGUUUCGACUUGACUUUGAGGAGCAACUCAUAGAACGCGGUGUGGUAGCCUUUUUUGAGGUUUUUAGUGAUUUUUGAAGCUUUUCCAAAACUUUUCUGACACCGUGCUUCGCAAGACGAAAAUUUCGCUAGACGAAAAAACUCGUGGAACGAAUUAAUUUCGUCUUGCGAGGCACCACUGUAGUAGAUUUGGGAGCAGUAUAAAUAAGAGAAGUGAGUGGAAGUGAGAGCUGGACCAUAAAGAAGGCUGAUUGCCGAAGAAUUGAUGCUUUUGAAUUAUGGUGCUGGAGGAGACUCUUGAGAGUCCCAUGGACUGCAAGAAGAUCAAACCUAUCCAUUCCUAAGGAAAUCAGCCCUGAGUGCUCACUGGAAGGACAGAUCCUGAAGCUGAGGCUCCAAUAUUUUGCCACCUCAUGAGAAGAGAAGGCUCCCUGGAAAAGACCCUGAUGUUGGGAAAGAUUGAGGGCACAAGGAGAAGGGGACGAUGGAGGACGAGAUGGUUGGACAGUGUUCUCAAAGCUACCAGCAUGAGUUUGACCAAGUUGUGGGAGGCAGUGGAAGACAGGAGUGCCUGGUGUGCUCUGGUUCAUGGGGUCACGAAGAGGCGGACACGACUAAACGACUAAACAACAACAUAAAUAAGAGACAGAAAAGUGUUCAAGAGACAGAAAAAAGAGACCAGUCAACACUGAAUUUAUGUCGUUACGAACUUUUGUACCAUUGUCAGUUCUUCCCAUAGCAUUGCCUUAAAAUUUUUGAUUGAACAAUUUUGCCUCAGAAGCUGUAGAUUGGUCUUUCAUCCAGACCAAAUUUCAUGCAUGACCAAAUGCUUUUAUAUGCUUAAUAUGAUCUUUGAUCAUUUUUCUUUGAACACUUUUAGGCCUUUUAUUUUCUCAUUCAUUCUGGAAGUGCUUUGAAGUGUGUGUGUGUGUGUGUGUGAGAGAGAGAGAGAGAGAGAGAGAGAGAGCGUGUUUACCUACUAUUUGAGAUACAUAAGAUUGAAGUUCUAGGUGAACUAUUUACAUAGUUAUUUGAAUAAGUGAUUAAGUGUUUACUUUUUACUUUAUUUACCCCUAAAUUGUCCUUGCAUCCUUAUGGGAGUGUAAGACUAUUUUAAAAUUGACUUAAUCUGUAUAUCUUUAUACGUUUAUGCUAAUCUUUGUACUUUGCAGGUAACAGCCAAGAUCCGGAUGAGCCAAUCUUAGAAUUCAGUUUAGGUGAGUAGUUCCAUUGUCCGGAGACGUCACUUCCUGAUUCACAUGGAGAAGCCUUUUUCAAGGGAGCCCAGCGACCGAAGCCCGCAGCUGUAUUGAGGCAGCACUGGGUGUUGAAAUUUUGCGCCCCUAACCAUUUUGUGUCCAGGGCAACCACCCCGUGGCCCUUUCCCACACUGUGCCACUGAGGCAGACAAGUGAAAAAUGGGCAUUCCCUUCCCCUUUAUACUUUGCAUAUAUUUGCGUGACAUGGUGUGUAAGCCGUAUUGUUUCUUUCCUAUAGCUUGCAGCGAGCUCCUUACCCCAUCGCUAGAUAGAAAGCCAAAUAGUUUUGUAGCAGUGAGUGUAACUACACCACCUCAGGCAUUCUGGACAAAGCAUGCUCAGACAGAGAUUAUUGAGGUAAGUAAUACUACGUUACCCGCUGCGCCAGCCAAAGCACCACCAGUUAAUCUUAGUUUUCCACACGUAACUUUUUCUCUUCUUUUUUUUUUUUAUUGCAGGGAACAAGCAACCCUAUCUUUCUAAGCAGUAUUGCCUUUUUUCAAGACUCUCUUAUUAACCAGAUGACACAAAUAAAACUUUCUGUAUAUGAUGUUAAAGAUAGAUCUCAGGGAACUGUAAGUCCGAUUCACCAAAUGUCUUCUCUGUCAUUCAUGUUCAAUGUAAACAAAAUGUUGCAUAUGCCUUCGGUCUGAGGUACACUGCCUGUUUUCCCCCUUGAAGGCCAGCACUAACAGUGUAAUCCUAACCUUAUCUACUCAGAAGUAAGUUGUGUUGAAUUCUGCGGGGCUUAGGUAAAGGUAAAGGGACCCCUGACCAUUAGGUCCAAUCGUGACCGACUCUGGGGUUGCGGCGCUCAUCUCGCUUUAUUGGCCGAGUGAGCCAGCAUACAGCUUCCGGGUCAUGUGGCCAGCAUGACUAAGCCGCUUCUGGCAAACCAGAGCAGCACACGGAAACACCAUUUACCUUCCUGCCGGAGUGGUACCUAUUUAUCUACUUGCACUUUGACGUGCUUUCGAAUUGCUAGGUUGGCUUACUCUGUGGGGCUUACUCCUGGCUAAAUGGAGUUAGGAUUGCUUUCUUAGUGCUGGGGUCAGAAACUUGAGGCCUAAGGGCCAAAUCCAGCCCUCUCCAUCCAGCCCUCAGGAGUGUCUGCAGGCCAUGCCUCUCCUCCACAUCACAUCUGUCACUGGCCAUGUUUUUAGGCCUCCUUCAUGUGCUUUUGCUUGGCUGGAAUGUGUCCUUGAACUGUGACAAACCCUCUUGCUUGGAUUGAGGAUGGAGAGAGGGGUUUGUGUUGCCAUUUUUGUGAGGCUAAAAUGUAGCCCACUGUACAAAGUAAGAGUCAUAUCUGUUGCUCCACCCACUAUUUUGCCCCUGGCUCCACCCACCACAGGUAUGUGGUGCCUGGAAAGUUGCCUAUGAAGGAAUUUGGCCCUUAGGUUGGAAAAGGUCCCCACCCCACAACGCCUUAGGAGAUGGUAUUGUUAAAUGAGCAUUCUAAACAUGCGCUUGAAGAUGCUCAUUUUGGGCGACAUCCAAUGAUUCCCUUCCUCUGAUGGACCCUUCCUCUGAUGGAGAGUGGGAAUCUGUGGAUCCAACUGAUUAAAAAUAACCAUGCUUCUCUCUCUCUCUCUCUCUCUCUCUCACUCACACACACACACACACACACACACACUGCCAAAUUGUAGUUUAUAAAACUAGCCAAGGCUUGGUGUGAUGUCUGAAUAGAUAAAAUAUGGUAUGUAUGUAGUCGUCUAGCAAAGCAUAAUCCCAAAGCCCUGCUUUUGAUAUUGCAGCCAUUGUUCUGUCUCUGAAGACUGUUGAAUCCUAGAGACAGAAGUGAACUUAUGAACCUGAAUACUGCACUGAUAGAAAAUGAAGGCAGACAAGCCACUCUAAAUUGUGAUUCGAGUCUUGCAGGCUUUGGAAAGUCAAGCUAUCAUUCUAAAGUAUUUCUAGUGCAGUCUAUAUUCUGGCACGAUGCCAGUACUGAGCCAGAGACAGUGAGAGGCUUUGGUUUCAGACAUCACCUUGAAGCCAUAGGAAUGAGCUUUGUAAAUAGAAAUUAGAAACGUAAUUAGUUUAGGAGUAAAAUGUCCUCUGUGUUGACAAUACUUGUCUUUUCCAGAUGUAUCUAUUGGGUUCUGUGAUGUUCACUGUAAAGCAGCUACUUAAGGAGAGGAACCAUAGGUUGCAUUUAACACUAAGGUUUGUGCUCCAUUUUUGUUCAUUUGAAAAGAAUCAGGCUUCCACAUCUGUGUGUACUAUUGGAAAACUAGGCCAUUUAACUGCACGAUUGAUGCUGUUUAAACUGGGGUCCUUUAUUGCACCCCAGUUCAGAAAGUGAAGUGUCCAGGCUUUUAGGGCUAUGAAUGCUCAACGAGACCUUUUUAAUUUUGUGUUGUAAUGAAAUAAAUAUUGGAACUUCAGAGUUUCCUCUCAUCUCGAGUGGCUGUAAGACAAUUUAAUGUUCAGCACAAAUCUUGCACAGGGCAGAGACUUUCUGGUAAUUCUUCUUACGUUGGUAAAGUAGAAUAUUUGUUUUAUGAUUUUCCCCACCCAGCAUAAAAACAGAGAUUUGAACACCAACAAGUAACCUCAGGAGUCUUUUUCAUGUGCUACUUGUGCGAUGGGGCAACCAUUGAUAUAAAGUAUUAUUUUUAAUCUUCUAAAACCUCAUUCUUCACAGUUGUAUGUGUUCCAAAUCUGCACUUUAAUAAGUUCUGUGGGUUUUUGUGUUUUGUUUAUACUUAGAAAUGAAAGCCAAUUUCAGGGCAUGUCAGAAAAGCUAAUUUAAAUGUGUAUCAGUAAGCCAGCUCCCAGAUUCUGAAGGAAUAUAAAGAUGUAAAUGCAAAACAUUGGUAACGAUUCUGUUUGGCAGAGCUUUCAUAGAUCACAAUGACGAGGAAAUUGCAUCUGGCAAAGUCAAUUACAUACAUGCAUAUAAGUUUUCAGAAGUGUCCUUCUGCACUUCAACCUCAACAUCACAUUUAUUUUUUUGAAUUUUGUCUUAGGCCUUUGGCUUAAUGCCAAAGCAGAUGCAACUGCAUUUGCUAGUAUCCCUUCUCCAUUACAUGUAUUUCCUAUUUCCUCCUUCUCUUCCCGCUUUGUUGCCUGCCCUGUAUUUGAAAUGCGUACUGUAAGCUCCUUGGGGCAGGGACCUGUGCAUUUUGCUUCUGUAAGGCCUGUAAAGCACUACAAAACUAGUACUAUAAGCUCCAAGGGCUGAGAGAAUGAUUUUACCCAACCUUGGAUUGCAAGAGGUUACAAAAUACCCAAGGCUACACAUAUCCAUGCAUUUAGCAUCUUUCUUAUAUUUUAAUAUUUUUAUAUAGCAGUGUUGGAUCCUGAUCUUUUUGUUUGAGGCUCCAUUUAUGUAGCUAGAAAGAGUUAACGACAGAGGAAGCUGUAAGAAUUGGGGUCUAUAGCCAGUUGGCAUAGUAUGUGCAACAGCAAGCAAUCAGUAGUCCUAGCUGAUGGAUCGCAGCAAUGAUGUGUGUGUUGCAGAUCUGCUGAAAGUGAUCGUGUUGGUAACAUUACAGUCAUAGGAUGGCAAGUGGAAGAAAAAACAGACCAAAGGCCUCCAGUUACCAGGUCUCCUGACACCAUCAAUGGAAGGGUGAGUGAAUAUCUUGCCCUCCUUCUCAAGACAAUGCUGGAAAUAAAAGAUGUGAUUGAUGAUCUCCUCACCACCUUCUUUUACAACUUUCCCCAACCAUCCUCAAGGACAAUUCACACUGUGUUGCUGUUCUUUUAACCCAUGGAGCUGUUCAGACCUUACUUGGGUGCAAGCUUUCAGGGGGCAAGCAUACUGUACAUAGCACAGCAACCAGUCCCAUGAUUGCAGUAGUUGUGCCACUAUAAUAUCAGGAAGUAUAUCUGGGAUUUUAUUCCAUGCUGAUGGGUAUCUCAUUGCGGAACAAUAAUUUCAGAAGCGUGUAUCUUGCUGUCAAUUUUUAUUUUUCUCACUGGUCAAGACUAGAGAGAGAGUCCAUGAAUUCCACUGAGGAUUAUCACACUGACAGGUGGCAGAAUAUACACAAAUAUAGCUCAGGGUUUCUUUAUGCUGUAGCUGCAUGUAAAACAUCCCUGAAUGCUACACAUUUAUCUUAUAGCAGGUCUUGUUGAAAAUGUCUCAGAAGUAAACAGUCCUCUAUAGCUCAGUACAUUUUAUUUUUUAAAAAGUCAGUGAUGAAGCAUUGUGUUUUGUGUAUUAAUACUAUUCUCGUUUUCUUCAGACUGUGCUGUCAGUUGAUGAAAGUUUAACAGAAUCUUUAGGAAUCCGAUCCAAAUAUGCUUCAUUACGGAAAGACGUGUUGUUAAAAUCCGGUAAGUGGAUCCCAUAUAGCUCAAGUGUUCCAGCAAAUGACUUCCUAAUCUUCAAAUGUGUGCUGAGUCACAAUCUUGACUGCAUUAAAGGAAUUGGGUGUAUCUGCAUUUGUUUUAACUGAUGUGUCAUCUUGACGACAUGCAUAUAAGUAGAUGGGGACAGGGGUGCACUGCUGAUCUGAAUUUAAGAGCCUAAGAACAUAAGAUGAGCGUUCUGGGUCAAACCAAUGGCCCAUCUGGUACAGUAUCCUAUUCUCACAGUGGCAAACCAGAGGCCAGUGGGAAACCUGCAAGCAGGACCCAAGCACAAGAGCCCUCUCCCCUCCUACGAUUUCCAGCAACUGGUAUUCAGAAGCAUUAGAGACUUUGGUUGCAAUUUCUGAUCAUUUGUAUUGGACUAAUACAGUGGUACCUCGCAAGACGAAUGCCUCGCAAGACAAAAAACUUGCUAGACGAAAGGGUUUUUUGUUUUUUGAGCUGCUUCGCAAGACGAUUUUCCCUAUGGGCUUGCUUCGCAAGACGGAAACGUCUUGCAUGUUUGUUUCCUUUUUCUUAACACCGUUAAUACAGUUGCGACUUGACUUCGAGGAGCAACUCAUAGAACGCGGUGUGGUAGCCUUUUUUGAGGUUUUUAAAGACUUUGGUGAUUUUUGAAGCUUUUCCAAAACUUUCCCGACACCGUGCUUCGCAAGACGAAAAAAAUCGCAAGGCGACAAAACUCGCGGAACGAAUUAAUUUCGUCUUGCGAGGCACCACUGUAUAGUGUUUAGUGCCAUUGUUAUUGGCCAUCGUGUUGUGUUAUUUUGUUCAGCUCCAGCUGAGCAGAGCAGAGCAAUCAUGGCUGGUAGCCAUCAAUAGCCCUCUCCGGUAUGAAUUGCUUAAUCUUCUUUUAAAGCCAUCUAGAUAGGUGGCCAUCACUGCCUUAAUAUCUUCCAACAUUCAGCUGCAUUGGAUGUCUAUGAAUUCCAGUGUUACGAGAAAGAGAAAACAUUUUCUCGAUCCACUAUGCCAUGAAUAAUUUUAUGAACUUCUGCCAUGUCGCCUCAUACAAGCCUUUUCCCUAAGCUAAAUAGCCCAACAUCUCUCCUUAUAAGGGAAUUGCUCUGUCCUUUAUCAUUUUGGAUGCCCUUUCCUGAACCUUUCCACACUCUACAAUAUCUUUUUUGAGAUGAGGCAACCAGAACUGUCCUUUCUUCUUGAUCCCUUGCAGUGAAUUCUUCACAGCUGCUGCACACUGGGUUGAAAUUUUCAUAAAACGAUAGAUAGAUAGAUAGAUAGAUAGAUAGAUAGAAGCAAGCAGUACUAGCAGAGUUGUAGCAUAAAGUUUUUGAUGCAAAAUGUCUUGCAAGGUUUCCCCCAAAAAACAUCACUGGAAGCAAAAGUUAGUUUUCAGUGGCAACAGUUGAUAUGCUGUGUGAUCUAGAAAAAAAGUAUUUGUGUGUCGCUUAAGUGCUUCUCUGCAUGCACAGGGAGACAUGCCAAUUUUUUGCUCACAGUUGCAGUGCCAUGUGCUGUAUGAAACAUGUCUCUGGAAGGGCUUCGGUUAGAAGCACAUGGCAGCCCACAUUCACAAAGAGCUGCAGGAGGAGGAAGGGAAGUCCUUAGAGCAGCCUUCCCUAAACUGGUUUUGGACUACAAUGCCCUUUAGUCCCAGUUAGCAGGUCAGCAGUUGAGGAUUAUGGGAGUUGCAGUCCAAAGCAUUUGGCGGGCACCAGACUAGGGAAGGCUGCCCUAGCAAAUGCACAUAAACCUUUGGAUCUUGACCACCGUUGUAUCACUGGCUGAAGACAGAGGCAGCUCACAACACUGGGAAGACACUUCCAGGUCUCUUCUAGAAAGAUAUACCCACAGCUGUUUCUGUUGUAACCAGCAGAUGGAAUGCUGAUAAAUCCUUUUGUGCCUCUCCCUGCUUGUUUUGUUUCCCAGCCAUAGGAGGAGGCAAACUGCCCUGCAGCCCAGCUGCCUAAGAUAGGUGGAGGGUUGUGCUGUGAGCUCCCUUUCCAUAUCACAUCUGUCUUCAGUCAUGUUUCAUCAGCUGGGGAUGUACUUGUAAGAAUGAUGCAACAAAAUAAUUGUGUGUGUGUCCAUAUACAUACACCAUUGAGACUCUUUUCUAUAUAACUUCGUCAUGUGAACUCAUUCUGAGUGGCUUGCUGCAGAGUGGCAAACUAAACAGAAUUGCUUAUUUUUCAGUGUUUGUUGGACACAGAGCAUUACUCAUCCAAACGCUUAUCUAGCAUCAUCUGUGCUGUUGCUAAUAAAGGCUUCCUUUCACCAAUAUCUAUUAUUAUGGUAGCACUCUCCUUGGACAUCAGUACUGGGAAGCUAAGGCACUACUUGGAAACGAACAGCCACACAAUUUAUGUGAUUGUGUGCAGGAGAAAAGUCUAGGCCACGUCACGUGGAUGAAGCUUGGGUUGUGGGAUUAGGAUUGCCUGCAAAAGUGUGGUCCCGAAAAGCUCAUUAUAAAGCUGUUGGGCAUCUGCGUUGUAACCCAAAUAUACAUGUCUAUGACUAUAACAUUUUUAAUGCACAUUUUUAAAAUAAAAAAAUGCAGUAUAUGGAAAAGUGAAUCAAGAAUUGAUCAAACCUCAAUUUCUGCUUUUGCUGUGGUUGUUUGAAUAUGUGCAUUGGGUGGGGGCGGGGAGUUAACUAAGUGCAAUGCUGUUACAUUAAUCUUUUGUAUGUUUUGGUGUAAUAGGCCAUUUGUGAUCUCUGAGCCUCUUAACAACUUUGGUGUUAGAGGAACGGAGUUUGUAUUAUCUGGUAGCAAAUUAUGUCUUUUAACAUUUUAGUGUUUGGAGGGGCCAUUUGUCGGAUGUAUCGCUUCCCCACCACGGAUGGGAACCACCUUCGGAUCUUGGAACAAAUGGCAGAGAGUGUGCUCUCCCUACACAUUCCCAGACAGUUCGUGAAACUGCUACUUGAGGAAGAUGCUGCCAGGUAAAUCCCACCAGCACCACAAGAGCAGUCCCUAUAGAAAUGUUUUUGAAGUUAUUAAGAAAAUAAUAUAUUGUAUGCAGCUUCGUUGUAAAUACCUGCCCUCACAGCUCUGCAUUUCUGACCCACUCUCCUGACCUGCCUUGCAAAAUCUUUUGAAGGAGUAUUGCUAGGAACGUCCAAGUCCCAGUGGCACAGACCCAUUUUAUGAACUUGCAAAUUUAGGCUGAUUUUCCAAAAAUCAACAACAAAUUCUGGUUUUGGCUGCCUGAACUGUCAUGGAUUGUUUUCAGCCUAGUUAACGGUUAGGAUGUGAUUCCCUUCUGUCUUCCUGUGACUGAAAGAUGUUACCAGCUGAACUGAAUCAGGGCUUUGUCAGUUUGUACUAUCAGAUAACUUUUUGAUAGAUAUAAUGAUAAUCUGGCUAGCUCAAGUGGAGUCAGGACUCAGGAUAAACCGAGUAUGCCAUGAGAAGUGCUGCUGUUGCUAUUACAUUAUUCAGCUGCAGUUCUAUAAAAAGCCAACCUCAAGCUUUGAGGUAAAUCUUUAAUGAGAACUGGUUCCCAUGGCCUUUUACUGUUUUGAAGCUCCUGGCGUUACACAGCCUAGUUGAAAAGUUAUUUUAAAGGUGAUGAAAUAUUAUUAUAUUUGAAACUCUGAUUUCUGCAUACAUCAUCUGCUGCUCAUUUUGCUUGGCUAUUACUAUGGUUUGUUGGACCUCAAUUCAUUUAGAGGUCACUGGCUACUUGACUCCUUUUGUAGUAGCUUUGUAUUGGGUUAGGAAACUAAAUUAGGGCAAUGGCAAAAAUUAGGAGGCAUCUACACUAAAAACAUAUGUAAAGUUCAAUGAAGGUAUCACAGGAAACUCUCUUUGGACACAUCAGUUUUCACUGAUUUGAAGAGAAGCAAAUAUUGCUGAUAAAAACAUACUUGUGGGUUUGUGUCCAACUUAAUCCUAUAGUCAAUCAUGGUAUCGGCCAAGAAACAUUUCCCGGUGUUCUCCCAUACCUCUCUGUAUUUUUUCAUUUUAUAUACCUCCCGAAGUUGAUUGGUAAUACUUUUUAGCUUGUUCACAGUUGUUAUCUGAGCCUUAUUUGGAUGUUCAGGUCCCUCUCGUGAUUAGAAUUGUGUGAGGGAGAGGAGGGAAUACACUGUCUGUCCCCGCCCCUGAAUCAUACCCCCUGGCUCUCCAUGUGUCCCCCAUUUGAUAAACUAAAUUGAUCCUAAAUUGCAUGUGGAACUUCAAUAAGAACAGCAGGCUCCCUGCUGCAGAUGUUCUCCUUCCAACCCAAGCAGGAUGCUGGGUCAGGAUGGACACAGGUGUCACUGGGAACAUUGAGCAUUACUCUGCUCUCCUUCUUAUUGUGUAUGGAAGAGAAGUCCUGAAUAGGGGACUUUUCCAUGAGUUUUGGGCAAGUAUCUUUGAAAUACUUCUUUUUAAGAGUUGGGAAGGGCUGUGUAUCUGUGACCAUGGCAGAGAAGCAAACCUCCUGGCAAUGGGUUGGGAAAAGAGAAGAGUGGCGCAGUCUGGGAAUAAGGUUUUUGGAGUGGCCCAUGGCUCCUCUAGCCCCAAACCUGCUUAUGUUUCAGCAGCAGUUUUUAAAGUAGAUGACUGCACCAUGGUGGCGGCUUGUUGCUCCAUCCAUCCUGCUCUUCUUUCUAGUCAAAUGUUAUGCCUGUGUAUGAAAUCCAGCAGUAUUGGGGCAUAUCUAGUGUGCAGGGUGGAAAGGUACAGACACAUUUCCUAAUUAUGCAUAGCGGAGUGGGUAGGAAUUAUGCAUAUUUCGGGGUGGGUAGGAAGUCGGGCUUAAUCUGCUCAUCUUUGUAGAAAAAGGAUGGCUUUGGAUACUAGUAAUGAUCAAUGGUCCUAAUUCUUCAGUUGUGAAGGGUUAUGCAUUGACAAUGUACUGACAUUUGCACCUUUUGAUUCCUAGUAACACAGAUGUAUUGAAAACAUUUCUCAAAUCUUACUCUGCAUGUGACAUUUCAAAAAGGCUUAAAUGAGUUCAUCGGCAUCACAAGCCAAAGAGGAAUGAGAAGAAACAGGAUUUGCAGAGGAGGGAAAUGACUCAGGGAGGGUUGCUGAGUUUGAUGGAACCACAUGAGUGAGAAGUGAUCUCUUCCAGUGCUUGACACAGAGCCAGUCACUCUCGUUUUCACCCCUCCAAAGAAUGUGUCACUUACAAUAGCAAACUCGGAAUUGAUUUAGUUUAGUUUCCACAGGCAGAGUGCCAUCAGAUGGCUAGGUUUUAGGCAGGCCUGUGUGGAGCUUGUCUGAGGCCCAGAGUGUGGGUCUUGUUAGAAUAAAGUUAUAAACUGAAAGAAAAAAGCAGUCAGUCCCUGGCAGGGUCUAGCUCCCUUCCCUCAGCCCUCUGGCCAGCUUAUUCCUCCAAGACCUGGGAUAAGUGUAUCUGGCUGCCUGCCCCCUUGCACGGGCCUGGUUUCAGGGUCCCUCCAAUUCUCUCUCCUUUCCCCUUUAAAAAGGGAAAACCUCUCCUGCCAUUUUCAGAAUAGCAAAAUAUGCUCACAUGGCUGCUAUAGGUACCUCUGCAGGGCAAGUUAGGUUGUCGGUCUGGCCUGUGUUCCAGGUCACCUUUGAUGGCAUGCAAGUAAUGUCUAGUUCUACCCAUUUCUGUCCUCAGUAAUGAUGCUGAUCUGUGGCUAUGGUGCACUUGAAAAUAUUGUCCUGUUGCAAUGCUUCAAUUUUAGCGCAUGUGCCACAGAAGUGAGGCCAAUCCAGCUGGAAAACCAAACGGAAUGCUUUUUGAUGAUACAAUAAUCACACAGGCAUCAACACUGCAUGUUUCCUGUUCCUAGGAUCAAACUUAAAGGCAUUUGUAGAAUUAGGGUUUUGUGCUUCUUCCCAAAUGUGGGGACACCUGUGUGGUUAAUACAGAAUGCAUGUUUGGAACUCUGUUUGUAUGAUUAUUUUUAAAACACCUGAUGUAAUGUAUGAUUCAGCUGUUCUCUAGAGAAAAACGGUUAAACUGUGGGCACAUCCUAUUUGCACCACAGAUGUAGUGCCUGGGCAUGGAGCAUUGGCACUAAAAAAGUUCUGUUUCACUCUCCCUUCCACCUCCAUCUGUGCCCAGACACACGUGUGGGCAACUGGGUAGGACAUAAGGAAGUGCAUCUUCCCAAAUGUGGGGACACCUGUGUGGUUAGCCUCCAUGAAGUCACACAAGAGAUGGCACAAUGCACCAGAAUGAACCUGUAGUUUUGUCUGGUUUAAGGCAAGUGUAAGGAUUGGCUGUAGUCUUUUGUGCAGAUAGUAUAUUGUUCUGUAUGACUGUCAGGUGUAACAGUGCCACAACACCUUUUUUAAAAAAACAAACAAAGGUGCUUUGGGAGGGAGGGAUUUUAGAAAACAUAAGCAGAUGAUGGAGAGAAACCGUGCCAAGCCCUUUCCCUGCUCAUUUCCGCACUCAGACAUACAUGGUUUAGAACCUGUGUUUGCUUCCAAUGGGACCCUUCCACAAAUAAAAAGUGUACUUAGGUUUGUGGAAGAGUCUUUGGUCUAGUGGACACACAGCCUGAUGGAAGAGGAGGGGAGGCAGUUAAUGCUGAUUGCCUGCAGCCCUCCACAUGAUAUCAAAUGCUGUUAUGGGCCAUGCACAAACCAUAAAUUUAAAGCACAUUUAACAUCCCACCCCGAAUCCUGGGAGCUGUAAAUUACCCCUUACAGAGCUACAGUUCUCAGGAUUCUUUUGCGGAGGGGGAAGUUGUGCUUUAAAUUUAUGGUGUGGACACAGCCUAGGGGGUCCCCUAACUUUCUAGAGAAGAUUUUUGGCUGGCUGAAGGGAGCAAUCUCAAGAGUCAUCUCCUCUCCGCUAACAGAAGAGGUGUUCAUUGGAUCAGAAACACAGCUGAAUUCAUCCCUUUGUAGCACUGCAUUCUGAGACAUUUCCUUUGACCUUUUUUGGAGCUCAGUGUUUACAAAUGGAGACUCACAAAAUUUCACAGGUAUGAUGGGGAAUACCCCCCCUUCCUCAGCGCUGCAGAGAGCGCCUUUCAUGAAGCUGAAUUGCAAGUCAGUUAAGCUUAUCUUUCAAACAGUGUAGAAACCAGCCCAAACUUGACUAAUGUCUCAAAAUGGCACUGAUGUGCUUGAGGAAGGAGCAAGUAAUAUAUAUGGUUGAAGGCAGACUUUGCUUUUUGUUGGUCAUACAACCAAAUUAAUAGCAUCUCCCUGUCUUUUUGGGGUGUUUUUGUGUAGGGUUUGUGAACUUGAAGAACUGGGAGAGCUGUCCCCUUGUUGGGAAAGUCUUCGUCGGCAAAUAGUUACUCAGUACCAAACGAUCAUUCUAACGUACCAGGAAAACCUCACAAAUCUUCACCAGUACAAAGGUAACUGACAUCUUUACCACCACCUCCAUAAUACAGAACGCAUGUUUGGAACUCUGUUUGUAUGAUUAUUUUUAAAACACCUGAUGUCAUGUAUGAUUCAGCUGUUCUCUAGAGAAAAACGGUUAAACUGUGGGCACUUCCUAUUUGCACCACAGAUGUAGUGCCUGGGCAUGGAGCAUUGGCACUAAAAAAGUUCUGUUUCACUCUCCCUUCCACCUCCAUCUGUGCCCAGACACACGUGUGGGCAACUGGGUAGGACAUAAGGAAGUGCAUGGAGGACCAGCCCUAGCACUAGGCAGAGGGAGGCAACCACCUCAGGUGGCAGAUGCUAGGCGGAAGAAGCAGUUCCUGGCUCUGCCUCCUGAGCAUCCCCAACCCUUCGCCUUUGCUGCCACUCAUCUCCUUGUUCCCUUAUUUACCUUGCUUCAGAGCAUAUUAUCCUGUCACCAGAGCUGCAAGGUUUAACUGCCAGUCCAGUAAGCUUCUGUAUGUGAAAUGGGGAAAGGAUGCUCUCUUAUCCUUCCCUUCAGAAAGAAAAACAUAUUGGGCAUUUUCCCUGCAACCCUAUCUAGCCCAUCCUUCUCUGUUCAGUGCAAGUAACUGGAGGGAAGGCUAGCUUGAAAACCUAAGAGAUUUUCCAUUCCCUGAAUGUGCAUCCGUUUAUACCUUGCCUUUUGAUGCAAACGCCAAGUCAGCUCACAAGGAACAGUAAAUUUCAAACAACUGGAAAGUGACACUAAAACCACAAGGGAAAACAAUAACAGCAGAUGAAAGCAGCAGCAGCAGAAAACCAUUGAAAGGAUCCUGAUUACCAUUAAAAGAACAGAAGAACAGCAAGGACUUUGCCUGGAGCCUAAAAAAAAUAUGAGGUGUGCCCAUCUGUGUACGUAGAUGGAGGAGGAAGAAAACAGGGCUUUGAAGAUUCCUACUGGGAUUCUCCACCUGUGGUGCAAGUGGAUUGUGUACCUUUAACUUUUCUUACCUGUGUUUUUUAUCUGGGUUUCUGACUUCAGAAUUCCAUUCUUUAAACACAAAACAAAAAGCUUGCCACUUAUUGUCCAACCACACCAUCCUAAGUUUCUAUGAUUCUUUGGCGCAAGCCAGGUGCCUUAGAUAUGCAGUUAAAUGUAGUUUAAAUGUAUGGUGUGGAUGUCGCCGUGUGUUGGGAUUAGCAUCAUCUAUUUAAACAAAGGACUUACUCAGUUUAGGGGGGAAAGAUGGAGUUCACUUUUAACAGCAAAAGAGAGGGGUGCUGAACAUUCCCAACAUUUCACUGCAUACCCUCCAUCAUUUUCAAAGAGGCCCUUUAGGAAAUCUCAUUGCCAGUACAAACUUCAUGCUGCAGUUUUUGUACUGCAAUUUGCCAACAAAUUUUUCUUAGUGGUUGCAUUUUUAUGGACUCAGCAUGCAGAAAUCAUCUUCUUUAUAUCCUCAGGUCCAUCGUUCAAAGCAAGUAGCCUGAAAGCUGACAAAAAGCUGGAAUUUGUGCCCACAAAUUUACACAUACAGCGAAUGAGAGUCCAAGAUGAUGCAGGAUCAGGUAUUUUUUUUUCUUUCUUGCUCAUAUAUCCUGUAGGUUCUAUUCUCUCUCUCUCUCUCUCUCUCUCUCUCUCUCUCUCUCUGUGUGUGUGUGUGUUUUCCCAAUCCUUCACAGAGAUGCUGGGUUUUGAGCUUGCAACUUUUUCAUGCAAAUUAUGUGCUCUACUAUUGAGUUACAGCUUUCAUUUUUUUGAAAAAAUAAAGUUUCUAGCCCUCCUACAGAAAAAGUUAUGAAGUGAAAUGUGCGGGUACUUCAAAACAUUACUGUGAAAUGAGCCAGCCUGGUUGCUCCUGAUUGCCUGUGUUUUUAGCCAACCAGUGAAACCAGAGCUUUGAUAAGUGAAUUGUUUAGACACCAGGCAUUGGAAUCCCUGGGUUCCUAAGGGGCUGCUCUUUUCCCCUCCUCUUUAGUCUACUUCUCCUGCUUUUGCCUUAUUUUCUAGUCCUCAGAUUCUCCAUAGUUUGCCCUUCCAUUUUUUCCCUAGCAAUCAGAAUGCAUCUUUCCUGUGUUGGGUUCGUCUGAGAUCAGGUAGUCCCUAGAAGUUAUUUUCUGCAAAUACUACUACAUACUCUGCAUGAGUGGAUUUUAAAGACCCCUCUUUUCCAAUAAAAUGGCAACUGCAAAGUAUGAAAAUUUGCAGAAUGUCUACUGCUCUGCAGGAGUUGAAGGCUGAAGCCCAGGCACUCAUUAAGAAUGCACUGUUUAGUUAACUUACAGAACAAUUAUAUACUUGUCUUUUCAGAAGUAAGUCUGUGUUUAAUAAGGCUUACACCCAGGCAAGUGGUUUAGGGGUGGCACUGGGCAAAAGUAGGGGUUUUGUGCCUUUGGCACCUGUAUGGCAGGCAGAAACUCAACAAGGUUACUCCUUUCCUAGUACAGAAAUAUGAUUACAGGAAAAGCUUCAACGUGACAGCAUUUUCUCUAAUUUGUGUUAUGCUGUGCCCCCCCAUGGCAGCUGUUUUGUUACUGGUACCCCACAACACUCUCUCAGAAAUCGAAAUGUGCUCACUGGUCUAAAGCGCUUGGCAAUCCCCAGAUAUAUUAGGUGCUUUGCAAAUUACAUUCUUGUAGUACAAAUUCUCACAGGCUUGCAGUCCAAGUCUGGAUGGUGAGUAUUCUCCUUUAAACCUCUCCUCCUCACUUUUGGCUUUGUUUAGAUCAGAACUAUGAUAUUGUAACUAUAGGAGCACCAGCAGCUCACUGUCAAGGCUUUAAGUCUGGAGGCCUGCGGAAAAAGCUGCACAAAUUUGAAGAUGCCAAGAAACAGUAAGUAGAAUGCUUGGUGGCUGUCUGCCCUCUCCUGUAGCCCUCGUUUUGUAAAAAGCAUCUAAUACCUUGUGUCUUUUUUUAUUGCUUCUACAUAUAGGAAGCUUCACUCCAAAACCACGAAGAUUAGAGCCAGUUUAUGGAAAGAGUUUGACAGAAGAAGGUUUUCCCAUUUUUUCAGCCAGUAAUUUCACUUCAGUUUUAAGUAGAUAAAUAGAUAGCUUAUGACAGCUUAAUGAGCUAUUGUAUAUUUAAUAUAAGCAUUAGCCUUUCUGUAUAGAUGUAUAAAAGGUUUGACUGUACGUGUAGAUUCCUGCAGUCCCUAAGUUUGACCUAGGCUGUUUUUACCCUUUGAUCUGAGCAGCUGAAAUCAAAUCAAAGGAUCAGAAGUCUGUGGGCAGCUCCUGGGUCCCUUUCUGCUCCUUAUACUGCUACGGCAUCACCAUUUCCUGGCAACUUUAUUUUUACUGUGUCUACUCCCUGUAGAGGGAGAGGGAUGUUCAGGGAACAUCCUGAAAUAGUCUAGAAAACUGGUCUUUAACCUUUCUCCUAAUUUUUCAAUCUAAAGGUUUUUGAAGAUUCUUAAUGACUGUCUUUAUUGAAGCUUCCCAAUCUGCAGUCAGAUGGGAACAUGGCUAAACUAAAUUUCCUAGCUUCUGUCUCUGUCAUUUCCUAAUAGGUGCCAAAGACCUUUCUUGAGAACAUGCUGAAAGAGCGAGACUCCCUAUUCUUUCUUGGUCUUUUAGCAAUCAUCUUAGGUUCUGUGAAAAGGAAAUUCAAUCAGUGCUUGCUUCUUCUUUUUUUAAGAGUGAGAUUGUAAACUCUGACCCUUUUUGGAGUGGGCAUUCCUACUAUAUUUUCUCAUUAGAGAGCAGAAACCUUUUGUAUUCUAUAACUGCAGGAAUGGCUUUGAGGAAGCACACUCUCUGGUUUCCUCUAGCAGCUGGUUCGUUUGGAAGACAGAAGAGAUAGGAGUGAUUUACACUUCUACCUUCUGUGUUUUCGCUAUAAAAUUUAAAAUACGGAAUGUAAAUCUUAAUCCUUGGAUGAGAUGCUCGAUUCCCAGAGGGAAUCGCUAGUAAACUGGCAUACUGGAAUUGCCACAGUUCUGACAUUGUUCCCUGUCUACACUAUAAUACAAAAGGUUAAGUCUAUAUAUGCCUGAAGGGGGGAAAGGUACUGGGAAAAUGUCAAAACGCAUAUCCAUAGAAGUUUCUUAAGCUGGCCGGAAGUGUCUCAGAUGCAGCAUAGAGAUGCAGAUUCCAUCCUCGUCGUCUUGUGGUCCCCACAGUCAAAACCAGAGAGGAAGGAGGACAGCAGCCGGGUGGGCUGGCUUCUAGUUUUGCUUGUUUUUUUAAGCUGGACACUUUUGUGCCGUUUCCACCCUUUCAGGUUUAAAUGGUUCAGUGGUAAACCAGUCACCCAGAAAGAUAACAUCUGCACGUGAGGAAUACAUGCAGAAAUUUCCUUUUAGAAAGCCACUCUACUUGAAACCACUAUGGAAGACAUUUCAUAUAAGCGUGCACCUUACAACCAUUUCUCCACCCCACCCCGAUUGUGCUACAGUCAGACCCAUGUUUUUAUCAUAGGUGGAACUCCUGGCAAAGGACUGGCUUUUGGGGAACAUACCAGAUGUCUGUACUAGCUGUUGUAUCACUACUAUUACUUGAUGUUGUAUUUUGCAAAAACAUAUUUGUAUGGAGAAAAAUAUGUGGCAAAAGUCUACACUAAACUAUAAUUAUUUGAUCUCUGUUGGUUUUAAGUGACUUGUUGUCACUGCCACAUCAGGUAUCGUUUUUAACCAACAGAUGGUGGUCCAGUAAAUAGAAUUAUUCUUCCUGCUGGUUCUGUUGGUACCUGGGAAGAACAUGGGCGCUGCAGUCCUCUAAAUUUUUUGAUGUUUAAUAUGUUGUGGAAACGUUGCAUGAAUAGAGGAUGGGUGGAAGGAAGCAGCGCAACUCAUUGAACUUGCUGCUUCUCCUUUAUUUCUCCUCCUCUAUAAUAUCUCCAGUCCUUCCUGUCUUCCUGCCUGCUAGAAGUCUCCUGGUCACAGCAAGGAGGGAGGUGGGGUGUUGUGAGGUCUGCAUAAGGGUUAUUAAUAGUGAUGAGGGGAAUUGUUCAGUAAUUUACACUGCCCAGAACAAUAACAGAAACCAAAACACAGCUAUCCUUUGGAAUUUGAUCUUCUAAUAUUACAGUGCAGUUCUCAUAACAAAAAUGUAUCAAAGUGAACUGUGUAUAAAAAUGCAUAUAUGAGUGAACAUAUACAAAACUGCAUUACAUUAGAGGAGAUUGCUAGCAAAAAUGUGUGUUAGGGGGAAAUGCAUACAUAAAUCUGUAUAUUAGAAUACAUACUAAAAUAUCGAUAAAUUUCCAUGAUGUGGAAAUCUGAACUUCUUAUUGGAAAAAUGAGAAACCAAAAAGGACCUAUAUAUCCACCCCAAGCUAUUAAGCAACCCACACUUGAGUCAGGAUUGACUAAUCUGCAGGGCAGUUCUUUUUUUAACUCCUUCCACCUCUCUGGAUAACAGACACCUGUGCCAUAUCAGAAUCUGCUUCUAAAGGUUCCUUCAUUGCCAAACCAGUUUGGUAUUUUGGGUGGGAGGCUGAUGAUUAAUGAGAAACAUGAACUGUACCCCCCCCCCCAAAUCUGUGCAAAGUAAAUUGUGUAGUUCUUUGGAUCCCAGCCCAUAGAUUUGUGUUAUGCUGCCAGAUUGCAGUUAUUUGUGCAUUUUGCAGUCAAGCUCCUUGUGUCGCAUGUAGCACCCAUUGUGCUGAUGCAGCCAGAAAUCUAUGGAAUGGGUUGCAAGUCAAAAACCAUUCUGUAUUGACUAUGAUUUUGUUUUGCUUACAAUUUUAAUGACAUAAGCAAACCUUAUUGGGAAAAAUAUUUAAAACAACUAACAUUGUUUAUCUAAUGUUGCUUUGCUUUGUUUUUUGCUUUUGGUAUCUGCUAACAAAUAAUGGCUAACUUUCAUUUGGUUUUAUUUUUUUUAGCAGUUAUGAGGAAUGUUGGUGAGUUUUCUGUUUCUCAGUUUGGAGGCAGAACUUUCCUGUUUGAUCUUUUUCUUUUUUUGACAAAAGUUAAUGUGUUUAUGUACAGAGAUGCCUCCCCCUUUUAAUACUUUGCAUUUGCUUUUGCUAAUUUUGCUUCAUUCAGUUAAUGUGGUUGUUUACUGGGGUAUGUUGCAUGAUUUAAUUUGAUCUUGUCAUCUGCAUUAUUUGCCUUCCUAAUGAACAGCUAACACAGACCAAGUUUGGUUGCUAGAACCUUGGGAGCCAAUUUAAUUGGAAUGCUUUAACUUUAAGAGACCAUUUUUGUUAGAAACUGAAAAUACUCAGAAUACGACAUGAACCUUUUACAUUAUAUUGGUCACUCUUUUUAUGCAUCCACAAAUGUAUGAAAAUUGGUUAGAUGAUUUGGGCUUUGAACUUCAAGUUGCCAGUGAAGGCUGAUAGCUGUUCAUUUGGGAGAAUGACUGCAGAUAGUAGUUUGUCGUCUGUGAACUUCAUACCAUCAAAUAAUUUAUUUCCUCUUAUUUGGCAAUAGAUUUGCUUCCCUUCUUUUAAUAUGAGACUCACCAGGCUGCAUGGACUGUGCUACCAAUUAUAUCCUAAUUCUUCUGCAUGAUAUCUCCCUUAUUGUAAGAAAAACGGUUAAUAACUCUGGAUAGUUGGAUGUGACUAUUGAGAUGGUGCAGAGAUUUUUAAACAGCUGUCCCAUAUAGAAACAAGGAACCCUGGCAAAAAUCCAAUAAAAGAGGCAUGCUAAAGCUAUUUUGAAUCAGUAGGUUUAAACAUGCCAAACAGAGUUUGAUAAAGGCUGCUGUCCUUGAAAUUGCUGGUCAAGAGCCAUAAAUGACCCAAUUGCUAUGACCAUUGCUGACAGUUUCAGUAAACACAUUGUUUCCAGUUAGUGGUUUUCAAGACCUUUGAUCCUGCAAAGUUAGGAAUUCUAGAUCCAUUUUGUCUAAACAAAUGAUGUGUAGAACAACAGCCACACUCCCCAAAAGUGAUGUCCAACAUUACCAGCCCUUUGGAACAGCUGUUGUUUUGAAAAAAGAAGAUGCACCUUUAGGCUUACAUACCCACAUGAUGGGAUCUUAUUUUCAACUAGGCAUUGUGCCAGUAUAGCACUCUUCCACACAUUUUUGCUCGAGGACAGGAGAGGGGAACCUGUGACCUUCCUAGAUGUUGUAGGCCUACGACUUCCAUCAGCCCCGGCUACCAUGGUCAAGGGACAGGGAUUAUGGGAGCCCUGUAGUUGCAUCAGCAAUAUAGGUAGAGGGUUAAGGGUAAGAAUAACAUCCUGGUUUUGCAACAUGUUUGGGACUGCAAAAACAGUGAGGGUUGCAAUCAGAUGGCAGUCCAUACAGCACUUGGCUGGUGGAGUCUGUUUGCCUUGGCUGGUCACAGGCAGUGCAGAUUUGAGACUCAUGCUUAAAUGAAUUUAAACUGGUGAGGACGAUUGAACAUGGGGCCAAGCCACUAUCCUCUUGUGUGUGUAAAAUGACACCAGGCAUCGGCUGAGGUCUUUUGAGUUGGUUGAAGGCAGAAAUUGAACAGCAUUUUCCUCCCUCAACCACUAGGGGGAGCUCAACUCUUGCCUGAUGUCAUCUUUGCAUGAACGGAGAAGACCUUAUCAGGGUAAGAACUGAUGGUCAAUUCUGAGUCAAAGGCUUAUGAGCAGAAAUAGUUUUGCUUUGUUUAUUUAUGAAGUAGAGAUAGUAAGUUCUAGUAACUGUGAGCUUUCUAGAGGACUUUGAAGCCUACCAAAUUGUAGGAAAUAAAUUAUCUUUUAAAAAAAUAUUUGUUUGUUAAAUGUGAAUAAAUAAAUGUAUGUUUAGAGCAGGGGAUUAGACCAAUACUGCAAUCCUAACCCCACUUACCUGGGAGCAAGCUCCACUGAAUUAAGUUGGACUUUCUUCUGGGUAGACACGGUUAGAAGUGUGCUAUAGGUCACAUUAAAUCCUUAUUUAAUGUCCCUGUGGAAGUUAUGAGCAGUCACUUGGCAUGCGCAGCGUAUGUUGCCACCCAAGUGCUUUCAUUAAAGGCAGAGUUGGGCCUGGGUGGUAAUCUGAACAUGAGUCCUUGUAGCACCUCUCGGUCUCUUCAUGCUUGAUAGUUAAUUGGGAGAAACUGUUUGCCUCUGCUUUCUCCUUUUUCAGCAUGGAAAAGGAAUGGAAUUGCAGUGCUGAUCUGUUGGAUUGAUUUUUAUUUUUAUGUUUUUUUUAAAAAAUUAUCCCUUUUUCCACCCCCCAGCACUUCGACCAAUACCCAGUCAAUAGUGUACAUACCACAAGAUAUUAUCCGAGCAAAGGAGAUUAUUGCACAGAUCAAUACCUUGAAAACUCAAGUUAGUUACUACGCAGAAAGACUCUCCAGAGCUGCCAAGGACAGAUCCGCCAAUGGGCUUGAAAGAACACUUGCCAUUCUGGCAGAUAAGGUACGGGAUAUGAUCAAGAGUCCCUAUGUCCCAUUGUGGUCUCUCUGAAUAUACCGAGAAGGCAACCUUGGCUAUCCUCUUUGAAUAUUAAGUUUUGACUGUAAGAGAGCAUGGCAAGGUAGUCUUAGUGGUUCCUCUGCAGUUCCUGAAUUCAUGAUGGAAUAUGGACUGUAGAAAGAGUUGCAAAAUACGUUGUUGUCUCAAUCCUUUCUAGACACGGCAGCUUGUCACCGUCUGCGACUGCAAACUGCUGGCAAAUUCAAUACAUGCGCUGAAUGCUGCAAGACCAGAUUAUAUAGCUUCAAAGGCCUCUCCAACCUCUGUAGAAGAAGAGCAAGUGGUGCUGAGGAAUGACCAAGAUACCCUGGUGGCCAGGUGGACAGGAAGAAAUAGCCGAUCUUCUCUACAAGUGGACUGGCAUGAAGAAGAAUGGGUAGGUUUGUUGACCUGGGAUUCAGUUUCUAUUAGCAGUCUUGCUGCUGAAAGCUUGAGGGGUAUAGUUAUACUACAUCUCUCCAUUCUGUAGACUUGGGUUUUCAGGGAUCACCAGGGAUCCAUGAACUUCACUCAGGGGAAGACACUGUGUGCCUUUGUUUCUAUGGCUGAAAAAGGGAGGUGGCACAUCCAUCAUUUUAAGCAAUAAUAUUGUUUUAUUAUUAUUUUGAAAUUUGAAUUCUGUAGAAUUUAAACUGAAUUCAGUAAGAUAUAUAUAAGAAAUAAAAGCAACAAAAUUACAAUUAUAAAUCAUAAAUCUAGCACAGUGGAUUACAAUUGCUGCAGAAAAGGUACAAUUGCUGCUGAAAGGUCUGCCAAGAAUCUCAAUUUUCAAGUGGUCAGUGGGCAAAAUUUUCGGGGAAAGUGCUGUUACAGGCACAUUUUUUAUGGAAAGCAAAAUCUGAAGACUAUCAUCUACUAUUGGAAGGCUCUUCAACUAGUCAGCCCUCAGCUUUUUAACUGAUAAAUGAUGUUAACUGAUAUUCUUGUUAGGAGCAAUGAAAAAUAGUGUCAUGAAGGCCAGUCCCCAAUUAGUUUUUCCACCAAAAUAUGAUCAGAAUUUGUAGCCCUUCUUUAUAUUGGUAUGAGACAGAAAAUGAUAUGCAUUAUUUAAUGGAUUUCAUCUCUCUUGAACUGCCUGUACAAAUGGGAGCAACAAUAUCUAAACAAGUUUUCUAACUUCCCAGGUGGUGUGAUGCUAUACUUAUUUUUUUUAUAGUGGAAAGCAAAAGAUGCUGUAACAUCUUGUAGGACUUGAAUCAAACUGUGCAGUUUCAUCCAACCAGAAACUGAUGUUGACUGUUUUUUAAUUCCGUUGCAAAGUUAAAAUGGCUAGAAAAGGGUUGUAAAGCACAUGUACUGAGCACCUUACAGGGAGAGCCUAUAAAAUACACCCUCAUAAAAAAUGGAAAACAUUCUCCUGAAAGAUAGUCUUGUGGCUGAGCCCAUUGUGUUGAUAAGUUUCUUGUUCUACUUCGGGCUUUUUCAACUGCUAUUUUGACCCAAGAUCCUUCCCGCACUGAGAUCAGAAUGAUGUAACCUCUCCCCCCCCCAUGUUAAAGUUACAGGAGUCUUUAGUUAGUCCGUUUGUUUUUCAUUCCUUCCCAGGAAAAAGUCUGGGUGAAUGUUGACAAAAGUCUUGAAUGCAUUAUCCAGAGGGUGGACAAACUCCUCCAGAAAGAGCGUUUGCAUAGUGAUAGCUGUGAAGACGUUUUUCAGUGUGACACCAGCUGUUCUAGCAAGAAAGGUAAACGGGAUACCCGUGCGUACUGGAUAAAGCCACGCACCUCAUCAUCUUCGUCAUCCCCAUCAUCUUCAUCCAUACCAUCCUCUGCAUGCCAUUGCCCCCAAGACACAAGUGCGUAUGACAGCCAUGGCUUCUUCCUGCUGCUCCUCCGCUUUGGCAUAUUUCUUACCCUUUUCGCCAUGUGGUGUUUAUGAGUAAGUGGCUGCAUUUAGACAAUCAAAUCUCAGCUCAACAAGCUUCACGCACCUGCACUGUGCUCCUCCUUUGAAGCAUGAUUGAGGAAGCCAGCCAGGAAGCUGCAGUUAAUGUUGGCAUCAAAAGCAGGUUCUAUAUCUAUGCUGAGCAGCUUCCAAACAAGGCCUGAGAGGGAGCCAUAGUUUAAAAAUGGCAUCUAGGUCCUCACUUGUUUGGAAGCUGUUAACUAUUGUUUCCAGUCUGGUGGGCAUGUGUGGCUGAUUAACUGUGGUUUUCUGGCAUGCUUGCUUGCUUGUUCAGUGAAAGGAAGGAAGCUGGAGCAAAGGGAUUGUGUGCGGAUGCGUGAAACUUGUGCAUAUCUUGGUGUAUGGAGCUGAGAUCUGAUCAUCUGAAUGUGGCCAAAAUGUAUGCUACAGGAGAGAUGUGGGAGCCAUUUUUCCUUAGAUUUAUUUCAAGACGCUAUUCUCAUGUUUCUCCUGAAACAUGUGGAUUAAGGUCUCCUCUGAAUAGUCCCUUCCGCUGAUAGGGUGUUUCUAAAUAAGACCAACAGGUCAAACAGGGAAUGUCUGCACAAGAAAAGCCAGAGGAGUGAGUAGAGCUUGGGUGACUGUUUUGCUGAAGUGAACUAGGAGCUAACGCAGUGACAAUGUGAGGAGGUGUGAGAAACUGCUGGAUUCUGCUUUGGGGCUUUGGCAAAAUCGCUUAACAGCAUUUUCUGUUUAGUUCUAUAUAUUGCUAAUUUGUAUUUGCAUUGAGGACUUCCGGUUCAUAGUUCAUGCUCUUUGCUUAUAGUUCAGAAAAUUAUAUACUGUGUAAUAUUUCUGUACAUCAGGUCCCUGCAGUUGAAAGGUUCAGGCUGUUUUAGUCUGAAUUAGAUUCUUCUGUUUCACCUAGGUGAUAGAGGGGCAUUCUCUGUUGGCCUCAUUCCUGUAUAUUUGUCAGAGUACAGUGACUUUUAGGACACUUCUCAUGUUCCUCAUUGUGACUAGGCCCCAUCAGGAGUGUGGGAAUUUGCAAAUUGAGCAUAUAUUUAGGUGACAUUGUUGAACUUCUAGGCCUGAGUUUCCCAAAGUUGGUCUCAAGCUGUUUUUGGACUACAACUCCCAUCAUCCCUAGCUAGCAGGACCAGUUGUCAGGAAUGAUGGGAUUUGUAGACCAAAAACAGCUGGAAGCCCAAGUUUGGGAAAUCAUGCUAGGCCAUAAUAUUUCCCCCUUGUGCUUUGAUUUCUUGGCUUGUAAAUGGUUAGAGAAAUUGUAUUUCCAAGUGUACACAGAUUUUUUAAAAAAAGUAUACACAUGUGUGAUGUCUAUAUGUUACACCUGUUUCUGUAACAAAUGUGUAACUGAUUCCUCCACCCCACCCCAUGCCGAUCACAGUGUGUAGAGCUGCCCUGCCAAAUUCUUUGUUGUGUUACACUGAAGGAUAUGUUAGAACUCAAUAGUUUCUUUUGAGGACUGAGAACAGUCUGCUUUCUUGUAUGACAUUUCAAAACAAUUCAUACAACAAUUCGUAUGAGAAGGCAACUGAAAACUACCUUUCUCAUACUGUAUUUUCAUUAUGUGUCUUCACAACAAAUUUGUAUUUGUGAUUUCACACAGUCAUUUCAUAAUUAAUAUUUCUGAGUUACAAUUUUUUUAACAGAGUAAAAUGCUGUCUCAUGAAAUAAUAUAUUUUUUCUUUUAACUUAUUAGGUGCAGAACUAGUAGUGUAUGAUUUGUCAAGCUUCAUAACUUUUCUGUAUUUCUAGUUAUUCAUUCCAUAUGUUGUUAAGAAUUAGCAAGAUGCAAGGAUGAAGAACUGAGUGUAUUGAUCCCUAUGAAAUAACUUAGAUAACAUGAAAACCAAUGCCUUUCAACUGUUUGCAGAUUGAAUUUAAAUCUUAAACUUCUUUUUUUAAUAAGCUGUGUGACAAUAUGUAUGGGGAAGAUAUGUUGUCUGAAUCAAGUAAUUGCUAAAUAACUUUCACAUCAGAGUGAUUAAGAAAUGGAUUUCACUCAAUGCAGUCAGUAUCUAUUAUACAGCACAGCACUGUAUAAUUUUUGUAUGUGGCAAACCUUCUCUCUCAAUUCAUCAAAUGUUUUCUGAUAAUGUAUUGGCGGAGAACCAUUGAAAUUAUGGAUCAACAUGUUUCAAUGCUUGCCGUUGUGCUCAGCUUAAGCUGUGCAUCAUUGCUUUUAUGUUUACAUGCACAGAGGUGCACUGUUUUCAAUUCCAAGUAGUUUAAUUUGCAGUCAAAGGCAUAUUGAGAUGCUAGAACGGCUUGAUGUGGAACGCGUUGAAAACAGGAUGUUUUUAACUUUAUUAUUUAUAGCAUGCCUGAUGUGCUAGACGCUAUACAAGUUAAAAACAAACCUAGUCCCUGGCAAUGGCUUAUAGUUUAAAGAUGCAGCCUGAAGAAUGAGCUAGGGAAUGACAAUGGAUCAGAGUAGAAAGAGAGAGAAAAUAAAUCACAUGUAAUGACUGAAAAAUUAUGAAGCGACUUAUAUUUGAAAUAUGAAAUGAGACAAGUAGUCAGCCAAUUUAAAGAUUAGUAAAUGAGGGAAAUUAUUUUUCACAAUGAUCGUAGCCUGUUCUGAUUUGGGUUUUGGCCAUGUGAUUAGAUGGAGAGAAGCAUAAUAUAAUUUGAAAGAAAGCCAGUGCAGAUUGGAAAAAGCUGUUGUUUACAGCGAAUCGCCCUCUGACUUGAAUGGAAGAAGUAUGAGAUCAAUAAUGCUUAUGAAAAGAGAUGCUUUUGUUUCAGAAAUCUAGCUGUCAUGUGAGUAAAUUCUAUACCCAUGUUAUAAAUAGGUUUGGAGCAAUACAAGGAGCCAAAGAGAGGAAAUGGAAGAAUAGUGCUCUCAGAUUAGUGCCCUUAGAGAACACGUCCCAAUUCACCCAGGACCAGCUUCGCACAGUUCAAACUCAUACUGUUUGUGCAACUUCAACGCAUGCAGUUUCUGGUAGCAUCCCUUCAUUCCUUAGUUUUCCUUUAACUGCUGUUUAAAAAGUUAGCUUGGUUCGAGAAUGGCUGAAAGUGAAUGCCCAAGAGGCAGCUUCCCUUUCUUCUUUUCCAAAGCCCCAAACUAAUUUAAAUGGGGAGAGAUCUUAAAAGGCACCUUGUGGUUUUGGUGGGAGGAAAUGGCAGAACAAAACUCACAUUUGUUCAUACUGCCCUGUUGUGUGCUUGGCAAAAUAAUCAGUGAGACAUGAUCUUCCAGUUCUAGUUGAUAGCAUCUCUUUCAUUCAUUUCAGUGGGAAUUGGAUCCAGCCUUAAUUUUGGGCACUCUGGCUCCUAAAAAUAUGACCUAGAUAUUUCGAAAUUUGUGUAAUAACUCUCACCUCUGUUUCAUACAUUGUAUGGCACAAAUUCAAACUUGUCACUGAAUAGAUGACUGAUCCUGAAGGAGCUGUGCUUAGUCUGUGUUCCUUGGUGAGCUAGCCUACAAAAAUAUGUGCAUUUGCGAACAAGUUUGUCAUAUUCGCACUUUACAGUUUCAGGCGCACAUGUAAAGUAUCUUAGGUGUACACCUAAAAAUGCCACAUGUGUGUAUUAGGGUUACUUAAUGCACCCAAAAACUCUUGCCAGUGUUCUGCUAUUCUAUUUAGCUGCUUUUAAUGCAAGUCAUUAAGCUAGUGGUUCUCAAACUGUGUUGUCUGUGGCUCACAUACAGCUGUUUCCAGCAGGCAACAGAGACCUAUAUUUCUCCUGUUGUCGUGCUCACUUCUCCUCCUAGUUUCCAGUGCUAGAAAUAAUUUAUAACACCUUGUUGUACCAAGCACAAGCGGUUGUGGAGUAUUUUAUGCUGGCACAAUCAGGAGGAGAGGUGAUCAGUGGUAGUCUGUCUGUGGUGUGCCACUUUGCAGAAAAAAAGUUUGAGAACUUCUAUACUGAGCGUUUCAGUUGCCUAUGUUUAAAAUGUGUUGCUUCCCCUUAAUCAUGCAUGUUGCACCUCCAUUUUUGUGCAGAUUGCAGUCCCACUCCUGAAGAGUCUGGCCCAGGUAUGUGUGUGUUUUCUCCCCUCCAUUCAGAGUAUUUGCUUCUGAAAACUGCAGAAGAAAAAGGUUGUCUGUGCAUCUAACACAAAUGACUUUUGCUGAUGCUAAUUUGGGUACUGAACACGUGAAUAAAAGUAUUUUUGCUGUUAGGUUAGUAGGUGCAAACUGGCAUUCCUUUCCAAUAAAUUUCAACACACGGUAAGUAUGUGACAGGAAGACAUUUUUAAAAAUAUGCUGGAAGGCAGUCAUAUGUAGCUGCCUAGUUAACAGGUGUUGCCUCUUUUUGUGUAUGUCUACAGAGUGCUGGUAAAACUGGUUUUAACCAAUUUGGUCAGAAGCUACAUUGAACCACCUUCAAUUUGGGUUUUUGUGUGUGUUAGUAUUCUGUGGUUUUUUACUGGGUGGGUACAAAAUACUGAGUAAUGCUUGUUUUGUUUCCCCCCUUUAAAAUAAUGCUGGGAAGCAGAUGAGGCUGGGAGCAUGUGACUUGCCCUAGACUAAGCCAGAAUUUGAACCUGGGCAUCCAAACCCAACACAUUAUCCCUUGUGCCAUGCUGGCUGAUCUUGAGAGAAGAGACAUGAGCCACCUGAUAGCAUAUUACAGAACUUGUGGGGGUUGGGGCCAGAAUUCUCUGAAUGUGUUUUUUUUAUAUAAAAAGAAUUAACAUGUGUUCGGGUUUGUGUGUAGAUUGUUUUUCAAGUUUCCAUUUGUUUCCACAGUAUAAACUGAAUACUUACUAUAAUUAUUUUGAGUUUUUGUCUAUUUAGCUUGGCUAUUUAGAAAUGUUUUGUAAUUUCUAUACCCUGAAAAUGGCUGUGCCAGAGAAACUAUCCAUUGUUCCUUUUUUAAAAAUUGUCUAUAAAAAGCACUUCAGAGCAAAUACAACAACCUUUAUUUUUCAUUGCAUAGAUAAUCUUAUUUAGAGUACCAGAUCAUUUUGGAAAAACUGUAUCAUAAAGAGCAGCUUGCCUACUGUUAAAAGAAUCCAGCUGUGUUCUGAGACAUAGGGCCAAAUAACUGUGUGCGUCUGUCUGUCUAUCUCUCUAUCAAUCUAUCUAUCUAUAGGAUGGGACACAGGUUUAAGAUACCACAGUACUUUAUGGUAUUCUAAAAACAACUUUCCGUAACUGCCCUUCAUUUGAAUGGCUGUCAAGGAACAGAGAGUACUUGCUUCGAGCAGAGCAGCUUGUACCAGAAUGCUGCACAUUCAUAAUAAACCAUAGGUUAUUUCAGUCAGUGGCUUACUGUUACAUUCUAACAGGGCCAGUGGGUUCAAUUUAUGGCAGUAAGACUCUUCUACAUUGUCCCAGUGUGGAUGUAACUAUUCUCUAGAACUAAGUUUAACUCUCUUCUUUGAUGCAAUUUCCCCCAACUGUCUCUUACCCAUGGUGUAGCAUUACAUAGGCACAUGACUUACCAAGGUUAGCUUUAAACAGGUUUUGCAAAUCAGUUUCAAAUCCUGAUUUCAAAGUGGUUAAAAAUCUAACCUUGGUUAGCAUUGGCAUAGAUGCAAUGUUGCACUACAGCCUGUUCGGACAAUUAAGAGUAAAGGCAUGCAUGAGCCAUGGGCCUACUUCCAAUGACUCAACCAUGGCUUAAGAGAUAUGCUGCCUUAAAUCCAAACCAGACCUUUAAGUUGUGUUAGUAUGUUUCUUAAAAGCUGUUUCUUUUUUAGUAUUUUUAUUUUAAAAAUUAUAUAUUGCCAUUAAUUGCCUCCUACUUCCUUUUGAAAACUGCAGGUGAAUGGAGUGAGGCCCUUUACCCAUUGCUGACAACACUCACAGACUGCGUAGCCAUGAUGAGUGACAAGGCAAAGAAAGCAAUGGUCUUUCUCUUGAUGCAAGAUAGUGCCCCAACAAUAGCUCUUUGCUUGAGCCUUCAGUACCGACGGGAUGUUGUCUUUUGCCAAACUGUAAGCAAGAAAGUAGAAUUCAUACAUUAGACUUUGGAUACCUUUUUUAAAAAAUGGAAAAGUAACUUUGAAAGCAGUAAGAAUUACUGCACAUUUCUGAACAACCCCCCCGCCCCACCCUGACUUCAGCAGCUUUGGCUGCAAUCUCUCUUGGGCCUAGAUCCUUUUAAACUAGAGAAUGUUUAAAUACAGGGGGGCAGGUAGCUGGAUCAGACCUUGAGUAGGACAUUUAAUCUCAUUAUACUUUUACAAGGGACGUGGGUGGUCUAAACCACAGAGCCUAGGGCUUGCCGAUCAGAAGGUCGGCGGUUCGAAUCCCCGCGAUGGGGGGAGCUCCCGUUGCUCGGUCCCUGCUCCUGCCAACCUAGCAGUUCGAAAGCACGUCAAAGUGCAAAUAGAUAAACAGGUACCACUGCGGAGGAAGGUAAAUGGCGUUUCCGUGUGCUGCUCUGGUUCGCCAGAAGCGGCUUAGUCAUGCUGGCCACAUGACCUGGAAGCUGUACGCCAGCUCCUUUGGUCAAUAAAGUGAGAUGAGUGCCGCAACCCCAGACCCGGCCACGACUGGACCUAACGGUCAGGGGUCCCUUUAUACUUUUACAAAAGCCAAACACGAUAUGCAGCAAUUGCUAUCUGGAUUGGUCAUUAGUGGGGGUGGGAGAGCAUGGAAAGGAAACUGGUGCAUUGUUUUGCAUGUGCGUGCACACCAAUUUUUUUUUAAAAAACCCCUCAAGUUUUCUUCACAAAGUUAAAAUAGGAACAGUGCUUCACCUGGGAUGCAUAGUAAAAAAAAGGGAGGGUGCAUUUAGGGCAAAUGAGGCAGUGCUGGUACAUCCAGCAUUAGUUCUCCCUGUCUCCAAUGUGGUAUAGCAUUAUUACAUAACUAUUAGUACUCUGCUUAAAAGCUAGAAACACAUCUAUUUAUUUCAGCAUCCUACGGGCAUUUUGACCUGGGCAGGGGGAUAAAUUUCUUGCCAAGCAGUGCUUCUGUUUCUAAAUAAAUAUAGGACUCCUGAGGUGUCUAUAUUCCAUCCUCAAAAGUUUUUUUUUAACCAUCUUAUUUAAAGCACAUUAAAAGGAGCCAAUGAAGUUAGGUAUACAGAUCAUUCUUUAAAAUUAGGGAGUGGGUCACUGAUGUCGUACCUCUGGCACGAAGGUUUUGGAAGGUCUCUUCAUAAGUCUUUGGUUACUUCAUUUCUCUAUUCUCUAUUUCUCUAUUCUCUUACACAGCUCACAGCCCUUAUCUGUGGCUUCAUUAUCAAGCUGAGGAACUGCCUGCAUGAUAAUGGAUUUCUGAGGCAGCUCUACACCAUUGGUCUGCUGGCACAGUUUGAAAGCCUUCUGAGCACUUAUGGUAAAAACUGGCUGGGGCAAGCAUGUCAUAUCCUUUUACGACUUACUAAACUUCAUUCACUGCAGAGUGUUGGCAAGGUGCAUGCAGAGGGUUAGAAACAAAAAAGAAGUUUAGAACAAAACUAUGUUGUAAUGUGGUAUUUGGUACAUAAAAUAUUGUGUAACUGAAAAUAGAUGUGUGAUGACCUUGGUCGAAAUACAGAAUACCGAGCAACCAGCUUUUGGUUUUUAUGAAGCAACUAUAUACAGUAGGUAUCAAUUAUACCACAUCAGAAAUCAGUUUUGAAAUGCUGGAAAUUUUCAAAAAGGUUGCCUGCUCUUCAAGUUUAAAAAGAAACACUGCUGGGCAUGCUUAUGAUUGUGUCCUUCCUUAAAAGUACAACAGAGUUUUACUUGUUACCAUCCUUCCUCUGCCCCCCCCCCAAAGGAGUUUAGACGUUAAGGUUGAAGAGUACACCAGAUUCACAUUGAAAAUAACUACUUGUAAUACUUUGAACACAGAACUAAAGCAAAAUAAAAAAUAAAAAAUAUAUAUUUGGGGGGUGUUCUUGAGCAAAUUGUCCAAACUUUAUAUUUUUUUUUUGCAAAAAUUCAAAUGAGUAUUCUCCCGAAUUGCUUUUCUCUAUAAUUCUCAAGUUAGAAAGGCUGUUGCUUAUAGAGUUGUUAAAUUUUUAUUUAUUCAAAGUAUUUUUAUACCCCCUUUCAUAAAAAUAUCAGGGGAUUCAUAACAAAAAAAAAUAACUAAAAAUACAGUAAAAUAAUAAAUUCAUUGGCAUUUACAAGUCCAAGUAAAACAUGUUAAACAGUUACUGCAAUAGUAGCCAGCAAAAGCUUCAGAGAACUAUUUCCCUGUUUUUUGUGUUUCUGCCAAAAUUUCAUGCUUAAAAACCAUGUCUGCAAAAUUAUUAUUUUGAUGAGCCACAAUUUUGUGAGCUUUCACCUAAGAACAUUUAAGUAUAUGGGCACAUCUGUAAAUGCAUUGAUUGCUUAUGCUUUCCAUCUUCAGCAAAACACAUGCGGUAAAUUUUCAUCCUAUAUUAAAGGGUAUUAAUUUUUGCAACCCAGCUGAGGUCGAGAGGAUUCAGGAGUGUAACAAGAGUCAUUUCACGUGGGGUUGUGUAAAAUCAGGAAAUCACAUAUGUUACACAACACAUUUAUUUUUUAAUACUAGGGUGUCUGAAUUCAAGUCAGUUGGCAAUAGCUUUUUUAUAUAUAUUUAAAGUAUGACUACUUAUAAUCCCAUUCAUCUUUUCUUUGUUUAGGUGAAGAGCUGGCAAUGCUAGAGGAUAUGAGUGUUGGGAUAAUGGACUUGAGGAAUGUAACGUUUAAAGUAACUCAGGCCACAUCAAAUGCAUCUGCUGACAUGCUACCAGUCAUUACAGGAAAUCGGUAAAGAAAAAGGGCAGGGGAAUGGGGAAAGAGAAGUGAAAGCAAGUUUUGCUUCAGCUAGGACACUUGAAUGGCACAAAGAAAAUGCAUAGUGGGCAAAUGCAUAGUGAUCCAAUACAGAAAUACUUUUUGAGCUGGUUUUAUGGAAUGGCCCUAACCUUUAACCUUGACCUGCUUAACUAAAUUAGGCUAUAUUUCCAUUAUUUUUUAAAAAAAAUAUAUCUCUGAGAUCUUUGGUGUGGUGUUUAACCCAAAUAUUUGUUAACAAGAUAUACAAAGUGUGACACAAAACUGACCUGCUUAAUAUUAUUUUGAGGAGAAAAGUCAAGUUUUUCAACAUGGGCACAGAAUGUUCAUAUUCAUAAGAAUAUGAAGUGGCCAUUUCCUACUCUGGUCUUCUCUUUUCACUCAAAACACUGCCCUGUGGUCUAAAAAAACUCCUUUCUGUUCCAUUCCCUGAAAGUGGAAGAUAUUAGCUUUCUUUGGGUGACUAAUCAAUAUAGAAUAACUAUGGGGAAAGGUGGCGGGAGCAAGUCCCACUCUCGUUCUAUGCAUAUACUUUUCUCUUUUUUUAAAGGUAAGCAUAGAGGCCCUGUGUGUAUAGCUAUACAUAACUUACCUUACAGGGUGGUUGUUAGGAUUACAGCUGGAUAAUGCAGGUAAAGCACUUUGAACAUUUGAAAGUGCUAUACAAAACUCAACUAUUAUUAUUGCCCUCUAAAUCAGAGCUUUCCAGACAUUUCAUGUUGGUGACACACUUUUUAGACAUGCACAAAUUGGCAACACAGUAAUUCAGUUUUAGUAGCAAAUAGAGGUUAAACUAACUCGCACGGCAUACCUACACACUGAAGACCCACAGUUUGGAAAGCUCUGCUCUAAAUACUAUCAGAAUCCCUGCUUUUAGGGUUCCUGAUCACAUGAAGAGAACCCAAUGCACAUACAGCUGUAUGAGCAGGAACUCUAUUCUGACCUUAAAAUAAGAGCACACUGGUCAGGAGCAGAGCCUGUGUUUGUGAUCCUGCUCCCUCCUCCAUCUAUAUUCAGGAAAUGUCAGGGUGGGGAAUCUAGUUAGCUUUGCACCUAACUAUUUGAAUUCUGUCUUCAGCCCAGUACAGUGCACAUCUACAUAAAGAUUUUCCUUCACCAUUAUGGCCUGAUAUGCAGACUUUACUCUUGGGCUUGUAAUUAAAGUUCAGAACCUGUCAAAAGGAUGGUGCUUGUAGAAAUUUAAUAUCAGCUGUGGCUUAGGGGUAGGCCAGAGCUCAGUGGUUGGAGCAUUUGCUUUACAUGCAGAAUGUCCCAGGUUCAAUCCUCAUCACCACCAGGUAGGGCUAGGAAUGUUGCCUUAAGCCUUGGAGAGCUGCCACCAAUCAGCAUAGACAAUAGUGAGCAACGGCCUGACGUGGUAUAAGACAACUUCCUAUGUUCCAACCAAUCUUCCUUUAGGGGAGUCCAUGGGGGAGUACAGGAAUCACAGCAUCCACAGAAUAAGUUGCAGUUUUUCUUCUUUGAGUUAAAUCCACUUAUUCUAGAAACAGGACUGACGGAAGAUGGGUUUCACUGAUGGUAUAACAGAGAACAUUAUGAGGAGACCAGCUGAGCCCAUUUGAGUUUUACUCCUCACCUACAUGUUAAGAAUCACCAAUCAUAAAUUCAGUUGUCACACAAAGUUGUACCAAGUCUUUAAUUUUCUGUGAGGCACCCUGAAAACCCAUUUACUUUCCCUGAGGUGCAUUAAUUCUUGAGUGCUGAAAGAAAUACAGUAACAGCCUUUACAAAAGCUGUUUGGCAGGGCAAGAAAAGACAAAUUGCACAUACAGUAGAUACAGAAGUGCCCUGAGACCGCCAGGUAUAGGGAAAUCUAUAAAUUCAAUUAAUAAUAAUAAUAAUGAUGAUGAUGAUGAUGAUGAUGAUGAUAAAUUAAUAAUGAUUUCUGAGUAGACUUGCAAGUUCUGUGCAGACCACAUUCCUCAGCCUCAAAAGGAUGUUCUUUUUAAAUGCUUUAUGAUUUGCAUUGCUUGUUUAACUUCAUUUUUUCUUGCCCUGAUUUAGGGAUGGGUUCAAUGUGAGAAUUCCGCUGCCAAGCACCUUGUUUGAUGCACUGCCCCGUGAAAUUCAGAGUGGCAUGUUGCUGAGAGUUCAGCCCGUUCUCUUCAAUGUGGGGAUAAAUGAACAACAAACCUUAGCAGAGAAGUAUAUAUAUUCUAUUUUUAAAACAUAUCACACUUAGCCAAAGUUAGAUUAAAUCAACAGUCCUCCUGGGACUAUAUUAAGUUAAUUUACUAGUAAAAUCCAGUUCCCUACAGCUUGGUUAUCCAAAUAAUGGCUCAGGAAUAGGUUGGGCGACACCAAGUUUAAAACAUUGGCUUAUUUCAGUUGCUCAGGUGGUUGUUCACUAGUAAAUGCUGCAUAAUGUAUAAGGUAUUUUACUAUCUUUUGACUUAAUCAGAGUCCUGUUCUCAUGGGUUACUUUGCUGCGAUAGCAUCCAAUGCUUGUCAUAUUUACGGUAAAUUGCCUUAACUAUUGUGCCAAUGUGGUUGCUUUGAUGGCCCUUAGAAUGUAAGAGUUUGGGAUGGUUUAGUGUGAUGUAAAUGAGCCAUACACGGGUGGCGCUGUGGGUUAAACCACAGAGCCUAGGACUUGUCGAUCAGAAGGUCGGCGGUUCGAAUCUCCUGCCAACCUAGCAGUUCGAAAGCAUGUCAAAGUGCAAGUAGAUACAGUAAAUAGGUACCGCUCCGGUGGGAAGGUAAACGGCGUUUUCGUGCGCUGCUCUGGGUCACCACAUGACCCGGAAGCUGUAUGCUGGCACGGCUCCCUCGGCCAAUAAAGCAAGAUGAGUGCCGCAACCCCAGAGUCGGCCACGACUGGAUCUAAUGGUCAGGGGUCCCUUUACCUUUACCCAUCUUCACUUCUCCAGCACAGCUGAAAGGAAUUUGAAAGCUUCCCUUAAGCACAGAAUGCCAUAUUGCCAGAACUGGCACACUGUGGUUAUUGUUAACUAUGGUUUGCUUUAGACAAGCCUUGGUCUUUGGCUCUGUCCAGGGGUGCCCAUACUUUUUUCAAAGAGGGCCAGAUUUGAUGAUCUGAACAUGCAUGAGGGCCGAAUUAGGCCCCCGAAACGGACUUUGGACAUGCCUGGUUUAUGCGAAAGUAGCUGUAAGUUGUUAAGUUGAUCAGCUGUACCCUUGAUAAUUUAGUCCUAUCACCCCUCUUCAUUAGUACCUAAAUUUGAGUGAUCAUUUGUAGUUUACACACUGUCUGCCAUAUGCUUAAGGAGAGUCUUAUAAUAACAUUUUCAGCAUUAAAUCUUGAAGCUGUUCUCCUAGCUUUGUUUGUUUGGAAAGGAUGUGUGUGAAUGAGAGAGAGAAACCUUAUUUGUGCUAAGGUGGUUCCUUUGAUUUUUAAAGGUUUGGCGACACCUCUUUACAAGAAGUGAUUAACAUGGAAAGCUUAGUGCGGUUGAAUUCCUACUUCGAGCAGUUCAAAGAAGUUUUGCCUGAAGACUGUAAGUGUGCCUAAGAAAUAUUCAUAUCUAAUAUGCUUAAAUUUAAGUUAAACAACGGCCACAGUCACUCAUUGUAGUAAUCCAUAAACCAGUCAUAGAUAAAAUGAAGGGCUGGGGCAGGAGAUGAUUUUAAGAGCAAAAGAAACAUGUUGACAAGGAGUGCAAACUCUCUCACACACCUGCCACCCGCUGCUUGCCUCUCAACAGCCUCUCCCCGGUGACUCACUGAUCUAUGGGGAAUGUAAAAUCAGCCCUCCCCACUCCAAUGAGAGCAGUUGUCCUUUUUAGAUUCUCAAAAGUAUCUGACAAAGUGACACAGUUUGGAGGAAAUUAUAUUGGAGAUAAAUUUGGCCAUUAGAUCAUGACUUUCCUAUAAAGAUGCAAAAGCUAACCUGUAAAUAAAAGGACAUUUUUAUAUAGAUAUACUUUUAAAGAGAGACAGUUAGGCAUGGGUGCCUUUUAUCUUUAACGCUUUUUGUCAUCUUCAUUUUUAGUACAGUGGUACCUCGUGUUACGGACGGGAUCCAUUCCGGAGGCCCGUUCGUAACGUGAAAUGCCCACAACUCAAAGCGCUGUGUCUGUGCAGGCGCGCGGAGCGAUUUAGUGCUUCUGCGCAUGCGGCAAAACCCAGAAGUAAACCGUUCCGGUACUUUCAGGUUGCCGCAGGACAUAACGCAAAAAGAUGCAACAUGAAGCAGAUGCAACGCGAGGUAUGAUUGUAAUGGAACUAAUCCAAAAACAAUGGAUUGUUAGUAGGAACUUAAAAUGACAAUGUGCACAGAUAAUAUUAUGCCUAAUAUAACAGAACCAAUUUGCUCAACAGAAUGAUCUCUCAUAUAUAUAUAGAGAGAGAGAGAGAGAGUAAGUAGAAGUACUGGAGUAUAAAAUUAGCAUGAUGAAAACUGAGUUAUAAGAUUCUGUUUAAAAAGUGAGUAUACAGAAGCAAUUUGGCAGUCAUCAUCUGAUAAACCCGUAAUUUAGUAUUUAAUUACUAAAAAAUUUAGUAUUUUUCUGUCCCUGAACUUAAAUUAUAUCAUGGAGACCAAUCACAUACUGGUAAUUAAUAAGAUAAGAAAGGGGGGGGGGAAUCAAAAUUAAAUGGGUGAAUAUUAUAUAAUAGUCAAGAUAUGAUGUGGCAAGCACAGUAAAAGAGGAUUGAGCCAUCAGUACCAGGCCCUAGUUAUCAUGUUUCACAAUGAGCAAGAUGGUGGCUUGUGACUUUGUGGGGGGCAACACCUAUUUCCCUACCAAAAAAAAACCCAAUACAGAGGUUUUGUGCAAAAUAGCUAUUUAGCUGUACUGAAAUUCUGAUAGAGAUCUUGUGGAAAACAUCCAUUUUAUUAUUAUUUUUCAAGAAGUCAUGAUGUACAUAGAUGUCUCCUAGGUGAUCUGCUACACAUAUUGAGAUGCUAGCUCUACCUAACUAGGUUGCUGAAAUUCCUACAUGCCUUCAGCAUGCAGUAAUCAGUGGAAACAGGCCUGCUGCCAGAACUGCCAGAAACAAAAUAGGUCCAGUUGAGGAGAAAAUGGGAGUAGGGAUGUGGCAACAGGGAGUACCCACUGAUGCACGUUACAAAUCAUCCACCCAAAGAACGUACUAACAAACUUCCACAUGACCAGUGAUAGUGGAUGCGUAAUUGAUUAUUUUUAUUUAAGGGUUCUUCCACAGUAAGAGGAAAUUAUGAUUAACUGUAUAAAAAUAUGACAGACUGGCAUUUUGCUUACGAUGAUGUAAUAUGGACGGUGUGAAGAACUUGUGUGCACAGGUAGUAUUGGUUCCACCAUAAAGGCCCACCUGGGAGCACCUUAAUAGAGAAUAAUAUAGCUAUGUCUUACAAUAAAAGAGCAGAUAAGAGUGAAAUGAGAUGGUUUUUCAAUAUAUUCAAGUGAGGUCAUGUCCCAAGAGCCAAUUAAGAGAAGAAGCUGAGACAACUGAGGUUGAAUUGUUGUUAGCAGGACCAAGUACAGGUAUGUUUUCUAGAUUCUACCGUUGAAUAUAGUUGCUGUUUAAAAUAGAACCAGAGGGGUGUGCAUCUAUUUUUUUUGGCCCAAAGGCCCCAUUCCCUCUUGGCUACUCCUCCAAAAGAAGAGGCUUCUGGAUCCUGCCAGUGGCCCAGCUAGUCCAGCAUCUUGUUCUCAUGGUGGCCAACCAGAUGCCUGUGGAAAACCCACAAGGAGGACCUGAGCACAAGAGCACUCUCCCUCCUGUCAUUUCUGGCAGUUGGUAUUCAGCAGUAUACGGCCUCUGACUGCAGAGCAUAACCAUCAUAGCUACUAGCCACUGAUAGUCUUAUAUCCUCCAUGAAUUUGUCUAAUCCUUUUAAAAGCCAUCCAUAUGGCCUUCUUAAGUUUCAAGGAACCUGAUUAAUAGACCAUUCCAAAGGGAGGAGGGCAGAUGGACUGGGAAGUGUAAAUUCCAGGAGGAGAAACUGCCAGAUCCAAAGCCUUACUGGGCUUGUGCCAGCAGCACAGAAGAUGGUAGAGUGGCUCUUUCUGGUGUUUUCCUCCUUGGCAGCUUGGUGUCUUUUCCCCCAUCCCUUCCCAUUGAUCCACAAUGGAGAGACUUGCAAGGGCAGAUGAUCUUCUCUGCCUGUGACCCUCCCUCUCGACUCAAGGAGACAGAUCUGCUCUAUCCUGAGACUCUUCCAGGGUCUAUAGGAUUGCUUUCUAAGGAAAUGGUGAUCACUUAUCAAAGGAAGCUUAGUCUUUCAAUAUAAAUUUGCAUGCGGGUGAAACAAUACUUCUGAACCAAGAGGCAUACUUACAACAUGCAUUGUGGCAGGCAACUUAUAAAAGGUGCUUGCUGUUUGCAGCUUUCCUAAGUACUUGCAUUAAAAAUCUGCUGACUGAUUAAUUAGGGGUGCUUUUUAGUCAAUUCAACAGAUUUUUUAGCUGAUCACAUAGUGUAGCCCUAACCGAAACAAAUGACAAUUUUUAAUAUGUGACAUGUGGACAGUUUCUUGAUCUAGUUUCCCAGAUUAGUAUACAGAUUCUAAAUUCCUGGAGUACAAAAUGCCAUGUGACCCCACUGUUCAGUGACAAAUUUAGCUCAGGGUGCUCAUUUCUACAAAAUUUCUAAGGUACUGCACAAAAAUAGGAGAAAGGGAUCAAAUGUAUAGUUCAGCCUGAAUAAAGCUGCAUGUGCUGAUAAACUUUUCUCUCAUGUCUGACCACAGAGAAUGGGGAAUGCUUACACUUUCUUUAUUUCAUUUAAGGUCUACCUCGAUCUCGUAGUCAAACGUGCCUGCCUGAACUGUUACGGUUUCUUGGACAGAAUGUACAUGCAAGGAAAAAUAAGAAUGUUGAUAUUCUUUGGCAAGCUGCUGAGGUAUUUAUUAUUCUUAUUCUACAAACAUUUGAUGGAUAUGCGAUGUUUGUGCAGGUCACCAUGUUUACCUUUUUACUGCCCUGCCCUGCCGGAAUAACACCACUGCCUCUGCCCACCCCUUAUGAGCUUUUGCUGGCUUGGUGUGCAGCAUGGAGUGAGGUGGGUGGCUUGUCCAGGAAGAUGGGUCUGGUCUCCAAGGAUGUUGAAGGGGAAAGGGAGUUACUUGUUGCUCAUUUGGAGGAUAGGAUGGUUUUGUAGCCUUACUAAGUCCAUUGUCCUUUGCAAAGGCUGAACGCUUUCCUUCCCAGGGUGCAUGGCCAUGAAAACCCAUGCCUACUGGCAGAAUCUCCUGUGUACCACUGUGUUUGCUAUGUGAUAUUUAUUUGUUAGUGUGCCAUUGCAGUAGGAUAAGAGGACAGAAACAUCCAGGCAAAAUGAGCAGAGGUGGACAACCACCUCCAAAAGUUCAUUUACAGCACUGAGAUACUAGUAAAUGCCACUUCAUUUUCUCUUCAUUAGGUGUGUAUAUAGUCCACCUAAUGCUGAAAUGGGGUAUUUGUGAUUCUCUCGAAGUUGCUGGACUAGUGUUUCUUCAUUAUUAUUAUUAAAAUUUGUCUCAGGGCAGUUGACAGGAUAAAAUCACAACAUAAAAACAUGAAAUACACUAUCAAAAUAAAAACAACUUAAUAAUUCCACCAACACAUUUUACAAGUGCAUUGAAUGUCAAUCAGCCAAAGGCCUGAUUAAAGAGGAACAUUUUUGCCUGGCACCUAAAGGUGUGUAGUGAAUUGGUCAUCCUUGACCAAUGCCCGUGGUGGCUGGAGCUAAUGGGAGUUUUAGCCCAAUAAUAACUGAAGGGCCACAUGGUCCCCUUCCCCAUCUUAAGGCAACCUUUCCCAGCCUUGGGUCCCCUUAUUGCUCCCAAAUGUGGGGGUAUUACAUUACACUGAAGCAUUACAAUGAAGCUAAUAGAUAGUGUCCUUUUCUAGAUUUGCCGCAGACUCAAUGGUGUUCGGUUUACAAGCUGUAAAAGUGCCAAGGAUAGGACUGCCAUGUCAGUGACUCUAGAGCAGUGUCUAAUAUUACAGCAUGAACAUGGAAUGGCUCCACAGGUCUUCACACAAGCCCUGGAAUGCAUGAGAAGGUAAGGACCGUCUGCUCGCUGGCCUCUUGUUCCUAAUCCUGGAGCCAUGUAAACUGCAGAUGGGUGGUUUUCAACCAUCUUUGAUGGGGAUAGUUAUAUAACAAAUAUAACUAUCAAGAAAGAUAAAUUGCACAGACUACUGUUUCCUGAAGUACUUUGGACCCCACUCAGUAUUUUUUGAUAUAAAGAGAGCUGUCAUAUUUGUAUGUGUAUUUUUUAAAAAAAUCUCCUAAAAGAGGAAAAUACUUUGUAUAGUUUUCAGCAGUUUAUUGAAUAACUGAGAUGUAAAGAAAAGUAUUGCACAGCAUGCAGUCUUUUCUGCUCUACCAAUUUGAAAGCUUUGUAAUUGUAGGAUUGCCUCAGUUGUCAUCUUGCCAUUUUUGCUUAGAGGUGAUCUGUAUGGUUUACCUGUUCUGUGAAGGAUACACAUCUGCAGGUUGCAUUGUUUUGCUAUGCUUAUUCCUCAAGCAAUACAGUUUGCUUCUUCAGCAAAUUGUCAUUUUGAAUGUUUCAUGAUGCAGCAAUCAGAACCCAUCACAACCUGUCAGUGUUCUGUGGUCAUAUCAGUUUAACUCCUGUUUUCUGAAGCUGCAGACAUACUUGAAAAUUCUAUUGUUUUUAAAAUGUAAGGAAUCUGUUUACUGUUCAAUACAUUGUUUCAAGCACUACCCGAAAGCUCCAAUUUUACAUACCAAAAAAGAAAGGAUAAGAAAUCCAGUUUUAGUCUUUAUUGGUGUUUUCAGCACUACCGUGGAGUCCUGUUCUCAACAUUCACUUACGCUGAAUGUACUGUACUGUGUGUCUUCUCACCAAAUUCUCAAAAGUGUUCAAUUCUCUUAUCCUUUCUGUAUGUUUUUGCUAUUUGAUCCUUUCUAAAUCUUCAAUGGUCUACUUUUUAUGUUACCUUUUUACUUCAGCAAUAUUGCUUUCUGAAUUUGCCAUGGAGUCUUUUAUGUAAAGCAUAUGAUUCCAUAAAGGGGAAUCACCUUAAACCCGGGCUAUGAUUAAACCAGCAUCUUGGUUAAGAAAACAUUAACAUAUAUAAGAGAGAAAGAGAUAGAAAUAUAUAUGCUCAAAUGUAUUCGCAGCCUCAUUCAUAAUAUUUAAUUGAUGUCCUUCUGAUAAUACUAACUACAUUUUUGAUAGAUCUGGACAUUUUUAAUAAAAGUGGGUACAAUAUAGGCAUUGUUCAUCAUUUUAAAGUCUCAUUUAAUGCACCUGAUUGUUUACCCAAUUCUGGUCUGGGAGAGAAAAGCCAUGCCAUUUAUGUUAAGUGCAUUUAACAUUUAGGAAAACAACAUCAUUAGGGCUGGACCCAGAGAAAUGCUGGGAGAAGGGUGUAAAUUGGAAGGUUAUCACCCCACUCCCAUCCUUCCUUCAAGAGCCCCAUCAAGAGCUUCACAUAAGGGUUGGUAUGCGGUGGUGCAGGGGACUGCUAUGGAAGGAGGAAUCCUUAGAAAUUGGAGAGAGGCAGUCAGGGGUGUAGCAUGGGGGGGUGUUUCCAGGGUGAUUGUCCGGGGUGCUGCUUAUGCCACCUUCCCUGAACCAGCCUUGCCCCGGUGUUGCUCACUGAGCAGGAGGCCAAUUUGCCUUGCUCAUUAUGGUGGAUUUUUGUUUGUUUGAUGACUUUUUAAAAAUCAUUUUUUAAACUAACCUACUUUGGAGUUAAGUAAUUUUUAACACCGAUACCUUUAAUAGCUAGGUUAUUGAACUAAUAUGGUACAACUCACAUUGAAGAAUUUUUGAAAGGGUCAAAUGCUAUAAUGGUUAUUCAUGUUCAGUUUUGCUUUUCAGAGCUCCCUUCCUUUGCAGCAUGUGGAAGCAUGGCAGAGCAGCAUGGAAACAUUGCUUGGCCAAAUGAGAAAAUGAACAUGGAAAACCAUUCUUGUUCAACCUACAUGUAUUUAUUUUCAGUAGAUUACAGUAUUCUUUCUUAUUUUCUCUUUUUAUUCUCUUUCUCUCUCCUUUAUUCUGUAAUUGUGCCUUUUAUUAUUAUUAUUAUGAUUUAAAAUUGGCACACCUCCCUAUUCUUUAACCUAACACGUUCUAUUUUCUGUUGUGGCUUCUUUGAUGUUUCUUUUUCUCCUCUUCUUGAUUUGAUUCUGUUUUAUUUUGCCACUUUUAUUUCCUUUUGGUACGACCAUUGCAUGUCUGUGUGUGUUUCUUUCUUUACUUUCCUUUCUCCCCGAACUUCUUCCUUUUCACAGUAUUGGAACACGGGAGGUAGUCACGCAGAAGAACUUGUGUGGCCUGGUGCCCAUCCGGGAUUUCAGGCUAGACCCCAAUCUUCUCUACUCUAUUCCUUUACUAGCUCUAAGCCCCAAUUUACUGAUUGUGUGGCUAUUUCUGAGCAUUGCCUACUUGGUGGCUAAAUUACGUUGCAAGUGAAGAUGAGUUUAAAAGCAAACAGAAGCAAAAAUUUCAAUGAAGUGCCAGAAUAUUUAUUGCCACCUGGUACCUAUUUGUUAAAGAAUGUCUCAUAGCAUCGUCUGCCAAGAAUAAUAAUUAUUAUUAUGCCUUACAAUUUUGUGUUUCUAUUGUACUAAACUUGUAAAUACACAUCAGAUUAUUUUAUGAAAAGGAAUUGUAUCGAACGUUUAAACUGUUAACGCUUUCAGUGCUUGUAACAUAGUCUGACAGCGGCCCUGUUACCUCGGUAUUUUACCCAACCUGAAGAUUAGUUUCUCUUACCAAAUAUUUUUCAGGCAUCCAAAUCUCUUUUACUUUCUCUCUGUGUAGAUACACACAGUUUUGUUUCACAUGUUCCAUGUAUUCCAGAGAAAGGAACUUGUAUUCCAGAGAAAAGAAUUUGUAUCUUUUUUGUAUAUUCUUAAAGUGUGUCAAUCUUGCGUUUCAUAUUUAUGUGAUAUGCGAAGAAACAAAGUGAUCGUUUGCAACAGGUUUAGCUAAACAAAUAUGCUCAGCACCUUACUACUUUGAUUUCUAGGCAUAGCCUCUAAAAUGGCGUUUGUCAACUUGGUGCCCUCCAGAUGUUUUGGACUACAGUUUCACCAUCCCCUGCCAGCAUGGUUGUGCUGGUUGGGGGCUGAUGGAAGUUGUAGUCCAAAACAUCUGGAGAGGGCACCAGCUUGGUGAAGGCUGCUCUAAAUAAUUAUAGCGAUCCAUGCUUAGAAUCAUGUACUUGUUUCCCCCCCCGCCAAGUUAAAUCUGUUGCAGCAAAUUAUACCAACUUUUAAAAAAGAACCAACUUGAACUGCAGUGUGCUGCAUGCAAUAUACCGUACUUUCAGUUUAUUUCUAUAUCUACUUUUUUAAUGUAUCAAAAAGGGAAGAGUGGGUAGCGAAGAAUAGCUUACAAAUAAUCUGUAAUUGUAUUUAAAUCUCCGGGAAAAUAUUUUUAUAGUAUAUGUGAAUGCGAUCAUAUGUAAAUUAAUCCUGACAUUAAAUAUUGCCAUAAAAGAUGCACUAAUGAGAUAUUUCAGCUAAUGGUUAACGUUUUAGUUAGAAGACAUGAAAUAAACUUAAAAUAGUUAAAAGAUGCUAACAUAAUUGAGAAACUGUUCCCAGAAAAUUACUCUAAUACUUCAGUGGACAACAGAGAAUUAUACUUAAUUGCUGCAGUUAUGAUAUUUAAUUGUCCAAAUAUGCACAUAUCAGCAUUCAGAAAGCUUGUAUAGCUAUAAUAUUAAAGUUAUAAUUUUGUGGAUUAAUUUAAUUAAAAGGCAACAGCCAACAUUGCACAAACGGAGUUCCCCUUCUCUUCCACUCCCCAUUCCCUCCCCAAUUCUGCUUCAGAAGGUCUAUGAACCUCUAGAGCAGAUUUGGGGGGUGCAUGGGAACGUGAGGAAGAUGAAACCCCACUGCCCUAGUGGCAGUCCAUUCCACAGGCAUGUCACUGCCAUUGUAAAUUUGAGAUUUUAAAGGAGUUAAGUAGGCUUAGAGACAGAUUCUAACUGCCAUGUUCCAUUGUGCUAUGUCCCACUGGUACAAAGAUGUUUCGAUUGCAUUUAUUUUGACAACUAGUAUAAGAAGCAGAUGUAGCCUUGAUUAUGGACUGUUUGUAUGUUACCAGAGUAGCAUGAGAGCUACUGCUCCUGUAGCUCAAUCCUAUUCUGCUCCAAUAACAUUUGUAGGAAGCAGUCAUGUGACUUGGGGUAAACAGGCAUCAUUAUUUCACACUACAUCAAAAUCACUUAUGUACUCAGAGUAGACCUAUUGAAAUUAAUGGACCUAAAGUAGACAUAUCUACUAAUUUCAGUGGAUCUGGUCUGAGGAGAUGAAAAUUGGAUGCAACCCAGUGAUGUUGGUGUGGGAAAUAUUCCUGAUGCACGAGACUGCUUUAUACAGACAUUACUGUAGAAUGUUUCUACAGUGCAGGUUUCAUCUGCUCAGAAGCAGCAGCCACACUACUCAGGCAAUAUAACAACAGGUCUUGUGAGGAAUGCAUUGCAAGAUAAUUAUCCACCCCACCCCCCUGAAAUGUAAGCAUACCGCACGGCAGCAUUAAAGCCUUUCUUGUCAGAGGAAUGCUUCAUACAUACAUUGUAACUUGUUAUUGCAUGCAUUGAAUCUUGCCUCUCAAACAAGAAUAAAAAAACACGCAUAGCGUCAAAAAUGUCUAUCUGGGUCAUAUGUGUUUCCCAGAAGCCAUAAUUUCAAAACACACACACACUUCUUGGUAAGUAGCCAGUUGUUAGGCUGACUACAACCAGGCAAGGAAGCAGUUUUCCUUUUUUUUCUUGUAGGCUGUCAGUGUGCCACAAAUGAUUAACAUAGGCAGGGGUGGGCUAGUCAAUAUUUGUAAGACUUAGCUAUAGCUAUCCUGCCUUCUCCUUCUGCAGCACCGAAGAUAAUGGGGUAGCUCUUAAAUAUGCAGAGCUUUGUGAAUCCAGAAGAGCUCAGGAUGGUACCAAAUGAGUUUCAGAUAAUAAACACAUCAUCAAUCAGUGUACACAGAGUAAGCUGAGUGCACAAAAUCAGACUAUCUAUACAUACCCCCCCUCUGCAAGACUGCUAAAUCAAAAUGUGUGCAAAUUGUUGCCACAAAUCUAACACCCUAGAAUACUUUUGUGCUUUUAAAUGAAUCUAAGUGACACUCAAGUAUAAAUUAAAGUCACUACAGAUAGUGUGACGCUGUGGGUUAAACCACAGAGCCUAGGGCUUGCCGAUCGGAUGGUCGGUGGUUCAAAUCCCCUCGACGGGGUGAGCUCCCAUUGCUUGGUCGGUCCCUGCUCCUGCCAACCUAGCAGUUUGAAAGCACACAGUGCAAGUAGAUAAAUAGGUAUCGCUCUGGCAGGAAGGUAAACAGCAUUUCCGUGCGCUGCUCUGGUUUGCCAGAAGCAACUUAGUCAUGCUGGCCACAUGACCCGGAAGCUGUACUCCGGCUCCCUUGGCCAGUAAAGCGAGAUGAGCGCCACAACCCGAGAGUUGUCCGCGACUGGACCUAAUGGUCAGGGGUCCCUUUACCUUUACCUAUAAAAUAAGUACUUCAGAGUCCCAAUGCAUUGUUUUAGAGGAAGGACAAUAAAAUCAUUUACUUGUGAAAUUAAGCCAUAUAAAAAUGUGUAUUAUACAAUGACAAUUGAGUUAAUGAAAUCAGUUAAUCCCAGUUUCAUAUCAAGGUGUGCACAAUCCAUAGAGUAGAUUUCAGUAUGAAAGUUAAACAGCUGUUAAUAUGCCCACUGAAAUCAACAGAACUUCAAAAGAGCUUGUUUGUCUGGGUCUUGCCUUAUGUUGAUAGUGGAAUAAAUUAUUAUAAUUCAAAAUCUCACCACCUUGGAAACAAUGCUGCUGUAGUUUAACAAGGGGCAUAUUAAAUGUUGCUGUCCUUAAUUGUUUAAAAUAUAAUUAUAUAUCAGUCCUAUGUUUGUGUGCUUUGUUUAACACUUAUACUCUAGCAUGAAACCAUUUUCAUUUUCCAUUGUUUUCUUCUAUAUUCAAAGGAACCAAAGAAAGUUCUCUUUUGAUGGUCUAAAUUAAUUCAUGUGUACCAAAAUGAUGUGCUUCCUUACAUAGCUGUUUGUCAGCACUUUCAGUUUCAUGAAAAAUAAUGGCCUUUUAAAUAGAUUUCAGAAAUAUUGUAUUGAAAUGCAAUAGAGUUCAAAACCAGAGUGUAAAUGUUAAGAUAGCCUAUUGUAGCAAUGACUAUCACACCAAAAGAGGACUGUUCCCCAGCAGCCCAGUAUAGAUUUUAUUCUGCCACUUUAAACCAUAGCUAAGGAGCAGGUCAGCAGAAUUAUUGACCCCAUCGUCUCCUACAAUUUCACAUGCAAAUCUCCACUUCUCCCUUUUACCAUGGUUUAUAGUUAUGUGCUAAGCUGGACUCCUAUUAUAACUACGGUUUGAAGCUGGUUUCGAAUCCUAGGUGAGAAGAAAUUUGGUUAGCACAAGUGCAUACAUAACAUUAAAUCAUGGUGAAAUGGAAGGGAAUGCACAAGCCCACAGCCCACUAUAGAUUUCUUAGGUUAACCUGCAAUAGGUAAUUUCCUAGGUUAAACCUGCAGUAGGUAAAUAUGAGGGAAGGUUGCAUUCCUAAAUAUUGAUGGCUUUCUAGCAUAUGGUUGGUGGCUGUACAUGAAAUAGUAUUUUUUCAAGCAAUUAAAUAGUACUAAACUUUUAAGGAUUGUGAUUGUAUUAGUAUUAGUUGGUUAAGUUCCUCUCCCCCAACCGCUCCUACUGUGCAUAGCAAAUUAUCUAGUCAUGGUAACCUUGAGCAAAGCCCUUGCUAAACUGAUAUGCAGGAAAUAGUUGUUGUUGAAAAGCAUUUAUUACUGCAUAGCAUAUGUGCCAUGAAAUACUUCGGAACAUUGCAGAGAUCAGUUGCAUUGCAACUAGUUACACUAUUGCUUUUUAGAAUUGCAAGUUUAGCAACUAGACACUGCAUGUUUCUAUUUCACGUGCCUCAUAGCUGGUCUGUUUAGUGAUCCACUGCUUUUAAAUUUGCAAUGGCAAAUUAUUCAAGCACCUGUUCAAGUAUUUCAAUGCUAUGAACUAACUAGUUCACCUCAUUAUUGUCUAAAAUAAUUGUUCAUUUUGUUUUUGUUUUUACUGCUGUCAUUUUUUGUGCUUGUCUCUCUUUCCCAGUGAGGGUUGUCGAAGAGAAAAUACAAUGAAGAAUGUUGGAUGUCGCAAGUAUGCAUUUAAUUCCCUGCAGCUGAAGGCUUUCCCCAAGUAUUACAGGCCUCCUGAAGGAACUUAUGGAAAAGUUGAAUCAUAA